CGGUAAAUAGGUUAAUACGGUAAUAUAUUUUCAUUAUUUAUCUUGAGUCGUACAGUCGUGAGUAAAAUGUAAAUUCAAAUUGAUUUUUAAUUGUAUUUUAAAUUCUUUUAACUAUUACUAUUGUUGGUGAAAAUCGAAGAGCUCAACACUAAUCAGCUCAGCAUAAUACUUCUUUCCAGGAUUUUACUUUGAACUAUGUAUGUACACACUUAAUAAUUAUCUACCAGUAUUGCUUAAUAUUUGAUGAGAUUUAAAAAAAUCCAUAUUUCAUUAUUUUACAUAGUUCUGGAUUAUGGAUUAUUAUCCAUAAUUUAAAACAAAUUGAUAUCCAUAUAAAUAUUUACAUAACAAAGGUUUAUUAAUUUAGUUAUAGUUAUUAUUAUGUAGAUUUUUUUCUUGGUUGGUAGUGAUUACCUAAGUACUUACCAACAAAGCUAUAAAAAAAAAAAAAUUAGUGGCACAAAAAUGGUUAACUAUGUACCUCCUUGUUUAACGCAAUGUCCCCUUAAAAUAAAUGACUUCUGGCCUAUAUUUUCAAUUGAUGUUAAACUGUAAAUACACCACCUCCAAUUUUGACUUUAAUAAUUAUAAUUUAAAAGUAGGUUGGUAACACAAAAUAUUUUAUAGUUGUGUUAUUCAAAAUUUUAGAAUGACCCUUUUUUGGUGAAUUUUCUUCAAAAAUUAAGACUAGGUUUUAUAGGUGAAUUGAAAUGAUGAAAGUUGUGUUGAAUUUCAAUAUGAAUUGAACCUCAAUGAUGCAAGUAAAAGGAAAUAUUUUAGCUUUGUUAUCCUUUUCAGAUUCCCUAAAUGUAUAUAAAUGGUUUUAGUAUUAAGGAUGUGCCUUUUAGAAGUGUCAAUUUUUAAUCUUCUGUAAAAUUUGUAUGAUCAAACUUCAUCAUUUUAUUUGGGAGUAGUAUAAUACAAUUGUAGUAUAUUAUAGUAUUCGGUGAUUUAUUGUUUUGUAUUUAAUAUUUCCAUUAUACAAAACAUAUUGUUUUUUUUUUUUUAAAUGUUAAAUCGUAGUCAUUAAAAUAAUAUGAAACAUUAUGGAUAAUGAUCCAUAUCAACCUUAUUACUAAAUUUUCUAAAAAUUUGAUAAAAAUAAAUACCUAUCAAAUAAUAGACCAACAAUAGUAGCUGUGCUGUAUGCAAUCUGUAUAAACUUUCUAGUUGCCCUAUGCCAUCUAUGUAACAAAAAUCAUAUCAACCAUCAAAUUUAUUAUUUCACCAAUUUUUUUUAUUUUUUAAAUUAUUAUUACUUUAUAAAAAAAAAAAAAAAAUCAUCUUAUCUGUAUUAUGUGAUUAUAUAUGAAGGUUGUCAUAUAGUUAUAAUUAAAAAUUGUCUUUUAUGUCUUCAAAAAAUCGUUCAAGUAUGUUUCCUUUAUGGUUUAUAGAACGCUACCAUUCUUUUUUAAACUGUCUCUCGAACAAAUUAGUAGCAUUGUAUUUUUUUUAUACCAUAUACAAAUUAAACCAAGGCAAUUUACUGAUUAGAUUUAGCAUAUAUGGUACAUUUAGGGAGUAUUUCAUAAUUACCUAUUUAUUAUUAUACUUUAAAAAAAGUUACAAAAAAGUCUAAUACUAACAAAAUCCAAGCAUUCCAAUCGACCUCAUUGCGAAUGAUUACAGGCGCUCCUCCGUAUGUUUCAAACCACAAAGGUGUGGACAUUCAGACUUAAAAAUUUUAACUGUCCAUGAAGAAGCCAAAAAUGCCUAUAGACUUUUCCGCGCGCGUCUUACAAACCACUCUAAUCUACUAAUCCGUGCCCUAAACUCCAAUUCCAUUCCAGGUAAUCCACCUAGAAGGUUAAAACGUAACUGGAACCGUGACCUAUAAUAGCCCUCUAUAGUCAGUAAGUGUUGCCGCUGGGUGAUUACUUCCUCAUGUCGAUCUCGCCUUUUUUUAUUUUUAUUUUAUUUAUUUAUUUUUUUUUUUUUCCAUAAUUCCUCAAACAUGCUUAUUGUAAAAAGUAUUUACAGAUUGUAUGUAUUAUAAUUAAAAAAAAAAAAAAAAAAAAAAAAUUAUUAUACUUUAUACUCAAGAUAAAUAAUAUUUGUAGAUAUUAUACAGCAUUUGUAUUAAUGCAAUAGUACAAUGGUUUUCAUCCUAAUUCCCAGGGAUUUAGUAUCAAAGGAGCGUAUAGUAAAUAUAGUAGAGUAGGCAAUACAGUAAAUGUAUAUUUUAUAUUAAUUUUUAUAUUAUUAUUAUUCGUAAGGGAGCCGCUAAUUUGGAUUUAAAAAUCAGAAGAGCCAUUGGCCCAAAAAAGUUGAAAACCUCUCCAAUAUUAAAUACAAUUUCUUAUGCAGAUAGCAUACGGAACUAUUACCUCAAAAUUUUACAUUUUUGUUUAGAUGCUACUUAUUUAAUUUAUCUUGGUUUUCAAUUCAUAUUAUAUGUAGGUAUUAGGUAGGUAGUUGAGUAUUUACCGAAAGUAUACAAAAAACAUAGUGAUAGUAAUUAGUAUAUUAAUUUGAUUUAAAUGUUAUGUAUGUAAUUAUGUAUAUGAUCACUACUAACUGUUUAGUAUGAUUUAUAUUUUAUAAUAAUAUAUGUAAAACUUUACAACAUAUCAAACUAUUAUUAAAUGUACAUAGAAUGUAUGUUUCCUUUUAAAGCAUUAAAAUAUAAAAUUAUUUUUUAUGCUGAUGAUCUAAAACUUGAUUGUUAAUAAAGCUCCUUCUCAGAUUCCCUCAUGAUUGAUCGAUGAACUUUGGGCUUUGAUAUUACAUUGCAAAUCUUGUAAUUACAAACUGGAAAAGAUACUAUAAUACUUAAUAAGUAUGUUUUACAGAUAUUAAAGUAGUGCAUUACAACUCACUUUUUUUAAUUCUAUUGCCAUCUACUCUUCCAUCAUUAACAUAUUUUUGGAAUUCAUUGAACAAUGGUUCUAAAUUAUCAUAUUUGUCAAGAGUAAUUUUUUCUUCUGUAGGUAAAUAAUAAUAUGGUGGAGUAUAUGGCACAUCAUACAUAUAUUUUAUUUGUCCGGCUCUAUCAUUCGUACCUUUUGCAAGAUUUAAAUCAUUUAUAUCGUCCUACAUAAAAUAAAUAAAAAUAAAUAAAAUAGAUAAUAAAUUAAUAAUAAUUUUGCUAUAUUACCUCCAAAACCUUGUUUAAAAGAGAAAUUAUUAAUCUUUCAUUUGCCAAUUUUGGUUUUUUAUCAAAUUCCCAUUCAGUCGGAUGUGCUAUAGCUGUUACCAAUAACUGGAGCAAUAUUAAUUUCCACCAAAAGGUCGACAUAUUAUCCACCUGUUAUACAGUACAUUAAGAUACAUUAAAAACAAAAUUACUCAAGUAUUACUUAUUAAUGUGCAAUUCUUUAUUCUGAAUACCUAUUGAAUUAUUGUUAGAUGUUUCGAUAUAUUGAAAUAUUGAAAUAUUUAACAUGUUUAACCUAAUAACAUAAUGUUUUUAUAUUAAAUACAUAGCAUUCUUGAAAUAUAAUUUUCAAAAAUUAGUAGCGUUUUAAAUAUAUCAAUGCACAUAGUAAAUUAGAUCCGUAGUUAAAUGGUUUUUAAACAAAAGAAAUGAAAUUGAACAUCUUGGAUCAAUUUUACCAAUAUUUUUGUAGCAGUGGUGUGUUAGUAUCAUAAUUAAAGAUUUUUUUAAUAAAAUAGGUUCAUUGAUUGUGUAUGAAUAAAGAAAGAUUGGAAGGUUAGAUGGCUUAAGAAGUAAGGACAAUAAAUAUAACUAUAUAAUAAUCUAUAAAUGAAAUUAACCAAUUUUGAUUCUGUGGUGUUCUAGGGAUUUAAGAUUAAGGUUAGUAAGUUAAGGAUCAUACGACAAAUGGGGAGUUCUAGGUAUACCAGGUGAUCCAUUGAAAUAGGUACACUCAUUAUCUUAAAAUGUAUUAACUUUUUCCAGAAUUUGUUUUCUAGAACAUUUAAAAAUCAAGCUGCUUUAUAAUUUUAUGUUGGGAUUAUUUUUGGUCAACCAUAUUUUUGGGGGUAAAACCACUACCUCCUUUUGAUUUUAAAAUGGCAACCUAUAUUAAAAUGUCAAUAAAUAGAUGAGGUAUUAAUUAAAAUCAAUUAUAGUAUUGCAAUUUUUGAUUUCCGUCGAUCCAUUGGCGAGAUAUUCUACUUUUAAUUUUGAGUUGGAGGAGAGUAAUGGUGUGUCAUUUGUGUGGGGGUACUACGUGCGACAUGUUAUUAAUACACCACUACAUUCCUCCAACUCAAAAUUAAAAGUGGAAUAUUUCGUCAACGGAUAUACAAAAAUCAAAGAUUUCAACAAUAUAAUUGAUUUUAACUAAUACUCCUCUAUCUAUUUUUAGACUUCUGAGAUAAUGAGUGUAUCUACUUAAAUGAAUCACUAGGUAUGACACAUAAAAGCUAGAAAAUGUAAAAAUAUAUUCUGAUAAUUUCCUAAUGUAGUUUUUAGACCAAUACUGUAAGAUAGUCAGAUAAUAGUUACAUAAUCUAAAUUAGAGUACACUAACAAACAAUAAUUGAAACAAAGGUAUUCUGGAUUCUGAGUAAAGAUGGUUAUACAAAGAUGUUUUUUUAUUCUGUGGAGAACCUUACUAGAGAACUUCUCCGAUUUUUAUGUGUAAUACCUUUUCUGAAAGUAUAUCGGUUUGAGGAGGUACUUUAAAUAGGACAUUUUUCGAUUUUUUGAAGAGUUUUCCCAGCAAAUUGUGAAGUACCUACCUAAUUUAAACAUUAUAAUUUGUUUGUUAAUUAAUCAAAUAAUAAUAAAAUUUAUAUUGUAUACCUAAAUAUUAUUUAGUUUAAUAAACAACAUUUAUUGUUAAUAAACUAACAGUCAUUUGCAAACAAAUAAUUGUCACUGUUUAUGUUUGCCUAUAUACUUAACAGUCUGUUUGAAAUUGCACUACAGGGAACCCUUAACCCAGGGAAGCAAGGAAAUAAAAUAAUUUUAUUGCGUAGUAGAUACCCAUUAGUAAUGUAAUAUUUUUUAUAGUUAUGACUUGAUAUCACAGCUUAAGGUAAUACGUAAGAUAAAUGAAAAAGACAAUAUAAAUUUUAUUCAUCAUUAAAAUGUUUAAGUUAAUAUCAUUUGUUUUAUAGUUAAAAUAUUAUUUAGGAGGAUAAUAAUAUAAUAAUCAUAGACAUAGUUUUAUAAUUUAUUGUAAAAGUAUGAAAUUAUAACAUUUUCAUUUUACUAGGCUAUUCAUGCAUUAUAAUAAUGUUGAAUUAUCUGGUUGUUCUGGUUUUAGAGAUACAUUGUUAAACAGUUAUCAAAAAUUUAUUUUAAAAAUAAUGUAUACAUAUAUAUAUAUUUGAGAUUGAUAGAAUAAAAAUAACUCAGAACUCAAAAAACAUUUUUUUACAAACCAUAUGCAAAGUUGAAAAUUGCUGAAAAUUAAAAUUUUGGAAUUUUUAAAAAUAUAAAUAUUUAAAAAACGAGCAUGUGGUUAAUUACGAAAUUAUUAUAAUAUGAGGCUAAAACUGAAAAAUUACCUGUUUUGGAAAAAUUAUAGACAUAAGUAAGCGAAUCUGAAAUAAUAUAAUUAAUAAGAAAAGUGACUAUGAAUUAUAAAUUAUUUCAUAUAAAAAUUACCAGUAAAUGUAAUAAUAAUGAAUUCAAAAUAAAAAUAGCUGAUACUAUUGAUAGAUGUCCCAUUGUUGUAGGUGGGAAGAUUAGAUAUACAAUGUUAUUUAAUUUAGGUUCUGAGCAGAGUUCGGGUAAACUGUUUUGAAAUAUGGCAAUUUUUAAGAUUUUCGUUAAAAAAUUAAAAAACUUAAAAUCCUUAAAAAAAAAAAAAAUUAUUAAAUUAUGCCAUUCAAAUUAUGUUUUAGUACCAAAUAAUACUUAUGAUGGACCUCAUUGACCUAUUGGCUAUUAUAUUUUCAAAAAUAUUCACUUAAAAAAUUGAAUUUUCUGUAAAUUUUAAUCAGUUGAUUGAAAAACUCUUAUAAUAUCUGUGUUGUUUUAUUUUAAUGGCUCAGUAAACUGCGUGUAAUUACUUAAUUUCAUUUAUAGCAAUUAACGAUAAUAAUGAAGUUUUUUCAAGAAGUUAUCGGAGAUAUUUCAGCGGGGUUAUAACCCCCUUAUCCCUAUUAUAUUGGCCACUGUAUUAUAUAAACUAAAAUGAAUACAUAUUAAUAGUCAAAUUACUCAAAAUGUUUAUAAAUUUGUUUUUUAAAUCAUAAACAAAUAAAGAUUUUCACUUGAAAGCUGGACAGAAUUAAAUGACCGUUAAAUAAUGUUAAUAAUUCAAUGUGUCUAAACAUUAUUUUUUAAGGAUAUACAAAUUCAUUCAGUAUUCGGGCACAUCCCCUUUCCGUUCACCGUCUUUUUCAGAUAAGACGAUUAAAUAUUAAUCUAUGUAGAUGGCGAAAACAAUAAUUUAAAAAUACUCGUUUGCUCUAAAAACUAUUAGUUUUUACUAUGAUGCGUUAUUUAUCUUUGUAAAAACUUUUCAGGCUUAUUAAAAUGUUUUUGCAAAGUUCCAUCCACAUAUUAUACUCUUUAGACGAGUUAUUGAGGAAUACCGAAGGCACCUACUUAAAAAUAUAUUUUCCAUAGUAAUUUUUAAAAAAUUGCUCCCAAGCACAGAAGACAAAAUCAUUCACAAUUUGAAUUCUGAUCUUUAUUUAAUCGUUGUUCGACUAAUAUUUUACGAAUAUUUUGUAUACUUUUUCAGUUUUUACAUAUUAUACUAGUAUAUUGCAAGCACGUAUUCAAGAUCUAUUUUCGGGGGGAGGAGAGGGGGGUUAAAAUAUUUUUAAUACAUGAACUUGUAGCUAGUUUUUAUAUACAUCUACUUUACAAAUUUCAGAGAGGUUAAACCCCUUACCGUCCUGUAUAUUGGGUUUAGUAUAUUAUUUUAACUUCUAGUAACUCUAACCCACCGAUAAUGUAUGAAAUAAUUUAAUUUUCGUUAUAUAAUAUCGGAUUGAAUCGUGUCGGUGUGAAUAUUUAAUUAUAAUAUUUUUAUCCUUUGCGUUUUUUUUUUUAUCUUACGUCGGUCCUCUCCGAAUAAUUAAAACAAUGAUUUAUUAAUUUGCCGUUUAUUUUUUUUUUUCGGAAAUUGUUAAAAUUAAAUUUUCGUUUUAAAUUUUGUACCAGCACCUUCCUUUAUAGCUAUACGCAUAUUAAAAAAAAAAAAAAAAAUACUUAACUUUUAUCCAUUUACAAAUCGAUGUAUAUUUUUAACGAAAAUUUAAAUGACAAAAAUAACCGCGUUAAUAUAAAGUUAAAGUUGUUACUUGCUCAGCGAAAGGUUCAUUCUCAAAAAACUUAUUUGAAUUUAUAUUUGUGUUAGUUUAUUUACUUUUUUAACUAUAUUAUAACAAUUAACAUGCUUGUAGUUUAUUUUCCUAAUCAACAUUUUAUAAUGGCGUGCCAUAGUCUGGAGAUGCCCGAUUGUGGCCUUAAUUCAAUUACUUAGUCCUAUUCUGUACCCACUUUAGUACAUAUCGCAUUUUUUUGAUAUAUUUAAGUAUUUUUCGACGUUUCAAUAAUAAUCAUCAAUUCAGUAUUUAAUUCGUAAUCAUGAUCAUUGACAUCGAAUUUACUUUCACUUUUAAAUAUUUCUUUGUUGUAUCGUUUAACAAAACGUUUACAAUUUUUAUUUUUAAAACGCCAUUUUUCUAUUAAAUUUGCUUACGGUUUAUGAAAGCGAAAUAUAAAGUUAAAUAUCACUUAUGUACGUAUAUGAGACUUGAUUCAUCAUACAAGGGUAAACUGGUAAUAUUGGAAAGAAAAGUGCUACAGAAAAUAUAUGGACCUGCACAAAAGUUAAAUAAAGAAUUCUAACGAAGAAAAAACAGAUUUAAAAAGGCUGUAUAACAACCUAAACAUUGGAAAAUACCUACAGAAAAAAUUGAGUUGUUCAUGUUUGGUGAGUAGAUGGUAGCCUUAUUUAAAAUGUACUAAUUAAGAACCUAAUCAAAAAGCGCCCAAGGGGUAGGCCCUGUUAACGAUGGGAGGAUAGAGUUGUUGAAGACACAAGACAAAUGAACGAUAGGGUUAACGAUAAAUGUAUAAAGAAAUCGUGAUGGAUGGAGAAGCUUUCUAGACACGUGCAAAAUCCGUUAGAAACCUGUUAAACUCAACAGAAAAAUAGAAACGGAUACACUACGUACAAUGGGUAGGCCACUGUUGUAAGUGAGAAGUUGGGAAGGUAGAGGGGAAAUUGAAUGUAUAUCUAUACAUAUAGAUUAAUCGUUGCUAAUGGAAAAUGAUUCUAAGUGAAGUUCGGUUGUACAUGUUUUGAAAGGCUGUAAUAUUUAUAAAUUGAAAAUAACACAUUUCGUAAAUGUUCCUGUUUUCCCAAUUAUUUCCAAACCUGGCUUGGAAAAUAACUUCUUUAAAGUACUACCUCAUUUCCUAUCAAAAAAAGUACUACGCUUUAAAAUCGGAGAAAAAUUUCUGGUAGAAAAGUUAUUCAUAGAAAAAAAAACAAAAAUAAACGUCAUUGUAAAACUAAUAUAUUCCUCGCUCCGCUCAGAAUCUAAAAUUUAGAAAGAUAAAGUAACCUAAAUAACUUAAGAAAACCUGAGAUUUCAAGAAGAGGACACUCAAGGUACUCCCUCUCUCUCCCUCUCUGGGUGCCGUUAAGCACAAUUUAAAAACGUCUUUAUUAUAUUUCCACUAUCUUUAUUGGUAUAAUAAAAUAUAAAGAAAGUUAAUUUAUACUGAAUUUUAACGAGUGUACUACUAAUAUUCUAAUUGGGAGGUAAUUAAAAAUGUAUUUUUAAAAUCUUUCUUGAUUAUUAUAUAUUAUAUAAAAAUAUUAAUUUGCAACGAAAAAAAUAAAAUGGUUUUUUUUUUUAUAAACCUAAUAAUAAUAAAAGGCGGACUGUUUAAUUCAAACAGUGUGAUUUUUACUCAUGACUCUUAUUACGGCGUUUGACGUUUAUUAAUUAAAUUAAUUAUAAGAUACCUAUUAAAAAUCUAAAAACAAAAAAAAUUAUUACAAUGUAAUAAUAGUGGCACUGAGAGUAUAUAAUUAUUAUAAAAUUAUAUUAUUAUUAUUAUCAAUAAAUUAAAAUUAACAAAACUAAAAAAAGUAUACGUGAAAAAAAUUCCAUCGGAUUCGAUUAUUCCUUGUUACCUAAAAUGUUAAAUGUUCAACUAAUUAUCCAUUAUUUUUAACACUGCUGUCAGAAUAGUAAAAUAAUCGAUUUAAAAUUUUUGGUUAAGCGGGCUGAAAUACGUCUUAUUUUGUACACUGUUUAAGCCAAUAAGCGGUGGGAAAUGAGACAUAAUGAAUCUUUCCCAAUUUUGGGUUUUAGUUAUUAAAGUAUGUAUGUAUUUUUUGACAUAUUUUCUAGGUUAUUGUGGAUGUUGGUUUUCAAUUUUUAGUUUUGAAGACUUCCGAAAUGAAGAUAUUUUUGAAAAUUCCAUGAGAUAUUUACCGAAUUUUAUUUGCUUUUUUUUUUUUGACAUGCCAUUUUUAAAUCGAAAAGUCGACUUUAAAUAACUUGGAUAGUUUAUCGAAAAAUGUAUACAUAUAUUUUUAAAAUUGAACUCUGACAAUUUUCAAAUUUCCCAUCCCAGAUUAGUGUAAAAAACAAAAAAGUAAUAUUCGUUAGUAAAAGUGGCCCCUUUCCUUUCAAAAUAGGCAGUAGAACAGCGGAAAAUUUACAUUAUUUAGAUAAAAGGUAAAAAAUAAUUUUAAAAUUUUAUACAAUGAUUAGAAAUUUGGAAAAUCGUUUCUAACUCCUUUUGAGUACACAAUAAUUCAUUUGGGCCCGUUUAAAUUUUGUAUACAAUUUUUGUGUAACAACUAUUUUGUCCUCGAUGAUUUUUUUUUUUACUAUAUCUUUAAAAUCGAAUUAGGUACUAGCUAUUAUUAAACAUCCAUUUAUAUUCGUAUCUUGUCUCUCGUAGUUUUUUUAUUUAUGUUUUUUAUUUCGAAACGCAAUUCAAUUGAUUGGAUAAAGUAAGAUGCAAGUGAAUACGUAUAAUAUAUUAUAAUAAACAACUAAUUCGAACGAAAUAAAAAUCGAUUUUGAGAAUAUAUUAUGGGCUGAGGUACAAGUGGGUACCUAUAGAAUUUGCGUAUUAUUCUUGUCAUGUGAUAAGUGAAAUCGUACCUAUUAUUUUUAUUCAAUGUUACGCUAGUCAAUCAGUUUGAAAAUGGUAUACUAGUAUACUAAGAUAUAAUGUAUAUCGGCAUGAUGUAUAUUCUUACUCGAAAUUAGAUACACAGAAAAUGUUAGAAGACAAAGUGUGCUGCAGGAAAAAAAAUAUAUUACAUUUGAUGGUCAAUCUCGCUUUUGCAAUUCGUUUGGAAAAAUUGGUUCCAUUAUUUCGUCUUGCGUCAAAUAUUCAAUUAGGUAUUAUAUAUUAUUUCGCCGGCCGUUUCGUUCUGGAUAAAAUACGAUUUUCCAAAUUCUGCGAUAUUCCAUAAAACCGAUAAAUAAAAUAAAAAAUCAGUUUGAAACGAGACCUAAAUAAAUAAAAUUGUGUACACUUUGAACUUCGUUUAAAUUUCAAUUAAAUUUGAAUGUAAAAACUGUUUCGCGUGAGAAAAAACUAUACUCUGGUGCUUUGUACAGGGGGCUUAAGACCCCAUGAGCUUGAUAAGGCGGAGCUCAGCCCCUUCCCACGGUUCUUAUAUUAUAUAAAAAAAAAAAAAUAAAUUUUUGUCAUGUAGGUAUAUCUUAAAAUACUAAUUUUAUGUACAAAAAAUCAAUUGAGAAAGAUAAAACUUUUUUUUUUAAUAUUGAUAACAGAGAAAAAUUGUAGAUUUUGGUAAUCAACCGGGUUCUUGGUUAACUGAUGUCUGAAAUUGUUUAACUGUUGUCUUGUGAUUUUUGAUGUUAAUAUUAUAACAUACAAAAAACAAAAAACUAUAUUUUAGUAAGCAGGCCAAGCUAAUGUUCCAACUUAGUUAAUGAACCAGGAUUGAAUAUUUAAACAUGAAAUUGAAAUUAUGAUCAUAAUCAUGAUCAUUUCAAAAUCAAACAAGAUGUUACUUAAUAAAUAGCACCAGUAAAAAUAAGCCUGAUAAAAUAUUAAAACAAAAUAUUAUAGUUAAACGACAAAAUACAAUUAUUAAUAACAUAGUGAGUAAAUUAAAAACAAAUAAUUCAGAAAUAGUUACAGUAGAUAAAUCUAAUGCUAUUGUUAUCAUUUGCACUAAUGAAAUUCAUAAACUGAUAACAAAUGCGAAAGAAAUCAUACAUAAGUCCAAAAGAAAAUAUUAUUAAAAUCUGUUUAUAAAAUAUAGGCGUCACACUUACAUCCAUUCAUAGAAUUACAUAAACAAGAUAAUCCGAUUCGUUCAAUAAUUAACUUUAAAACUGCUCCAGCUUAAAACCUUGCUAAAUAUUUAGACUCCUUCAUAAAAGAAAAAUUAAACAUGAAUUCUGGUAGUUUAUAAAAAACACUUAUGAUUUUAUUGAAAAAAAUAUUAAAAUUCAUAUUGAGCCAGGUUACAAAAUGAUUUUCCUUGACGUCAAAAAUGUAUAUAGAUUAAUUUCUAAACACGAAACAGUAAAAUUUUUAAAAAAUAAACUUAUAGAUAUAUAGUAAUAAAUUCAAUAUCUAAAAACUUAAAUGUAACUGUAAUAAAUUGUAUAUAGAUAAGGCAAAUAAAAAUUUUAAGAAAAGAAAUGAAGAACAAAUUUCUGUUAUAAAAUUACUAUAUAUGUUUAUAAUUGUAUCAAAUGAAGUGCGUGAAGUGAAUUUAAUACAAAUAAUUUCAUUAAUUAAUUAAUUUUUAUUUCUAUUUAUAAAUUUUUUGUUUAUAUAUUUUCUACUAUUUUUUUUUUUUUUAGCAGCUUUUUAACGAACAAUUAAAAGAAAAUAAAAAUAUAAAAUAUAUGGAAACAUUAGGUAAAACUGUUUAUAUGUUUAUAAAAUAGUGCGCCCCAUGGCAUUUUUAUAACUUGGGCACCUCUUCUCGGGCUAUAUAGACUUCAUUAGGAAAUUACAUUUUUACCGUCGAAAAAGUAGAACAUGCACUGUGCAACAUUUUUUUAAAAUUUUUUGAGAUUUCAUUUACAUAAAAAGUUAUUCUUAUUUAUUAUUGUAUAAAAGUUUGAUAAUUUUACGUUUUUCAAACUUAAAUAAAUUUUCCUGUGUAUUAUAGUGAUCGAAAUGCUGAAACUAACGUUAACGAGUGACAAAUUCAGUUUGUUUUUAGUGAAAAUUUGGCUUCUUAAUCAAGUCUGAAGUAACCCAAGUAGUUUUAGACCUUGCGAAAAGAUUUUUUGUAUAUUUUCUAGUUGGAAUUUUUAUUUUUCCAAAAAUGUCAACAAAAUUUUUACACACAACCUCUUAAAUAUGGAAAGUAGCACGUUCUUCUAAAGAGUAGCAAUACAAUAUACUAUAGCAAUAUAAAAUAAUAAUUAUUAUCUCUAUUUCAUUCUUAUACGCACAUAUCGGUAAUGCGUUUUUAAAAAUCUGUCGUAUUUUUAUAUGAAAUCAUCCGAACAUUUUUUUGUUUAGACGAAAAAUACUCAAAUUAAUUAAUUUUGUAUCUAGAAACAAAAUUAAAUGUGGCAAAAAAUGCCAAAGGAUACUGUGAUCUCAAUUUUAUUUUGAGUGUUUUAUGUUUAGUUCCCGAAACCGUGCCUUUUAAAGGUUAUGUUUGAUGAAUUUCCGAAAGUUUUCCAAAUUCUCUUCAAUUUUGUUUAAAUUUGAAUGAUAAAACUUUUACACUUCAUAAGUCAUUAUACAUACUUAGAAAUUGGAACUUAUACGAUUUUGUAAUAAAAACAAUCUAAUCAUUUUUAUAGACUAUAACUAGCUUAUAUUAGAAGGCAACCUGGAUAAUAUAUGUUUGGAAUAUUCUUUGUUCCUUGUAUGCAUUGGAAACUGAAAAAAAGAUCGUUUUAAGCCACGAUUUAUCGCAUUAUGGCAUUUACCUACUUUUGAAAUUUGAAAUUAAUAAUAAUAAUAUACAAUAUCAUAAUAAUGUAUUGGUCUUAGGCCUUUGUAAUCUACAUAAAACAGUGGCUUACGCAGCAUGAUGAAAUAUGUCUAGGUACCUAUACUUCUUUUUAAAGUUAGUAAUGCUGAAGUUAAAAUUAAACAUUAUUUGUUAUUAUAAUAAUAUAAUGCAUAAUGCAAUUUAGGUUAAUACAUAAAUCAUAUAGGUGUAAAACUUUCUGACCCUGAUAAUUAUGUAAUGCAUAUUUUCAGAUGUAUAAGAAAAAUAUUAAUUUAUAUGUAGGUAGAUUAUGAUGUUGGUAGUUGUAUAUUACCUUCUCGUGAAAAAUAGAUCUUAUAACUAUUACAAAACCUAUUAAAAUCGUAUUUGGCCUUAAUAUUUUGUUGCUAAACUAUAACCAUAAAUGACAUACAGAAUACAUUUAUUUUGCUCUUUGUUUUGUUUAUUAUAGUCAAAAAUGGUUUUUGAUGUUAAAAUAUAGGUAAUAUUUUUAAAAGUAGCUAUUUUAUUAUAAUUUAUCAUUUAAAUAAUUUAAAAAUAAAACCCUGCAUACAACUUUUGAUAUUAUUCAACUGGCUGGAUACAUGCAUUAUAACGCCGUUUUAAAAGAAAAAAAUAAAUUAUUCCAUAAAAUACUGGGUAUUAGAUAAAAGAAGUAAGUAUAUCUUUGGUCCCAGGGAAGAAAUUAAUUUUCAAUGGUUAUCAAUACAAGAAAAUUACAUUUAGAAAAUUUCUAAAUGACAUAAUGGCUAAUGGCAUAGUUGUUAAAUGGUCUAACCUAAAUACGGCGUUCUAAAUGGCUUAAGUCAUAUAAUUAUUCGAUUAUUUUCCAAACAAAAAUACAUCAAAGAGACUUCAAAUAUUUUAAUUUUUAGUAUAACGUGUUAGUAUAUAUGCGUAUCCUAUUUAGAAGCAAUACAAAUAAAGGGAAACAAAUUGCAUUGAACAAAAUUAUAAAAAUACUAUGUCAAAAAUUGACUUAAACCUUUCUUCCCUGGGACCAAAGAAAUAUUAUGAUUUGAACCAGUUGUCACCACCCGGUGGUACGCGUACCACCAUUUUAUAUUGCCAUUUAAUAUUUAUAGUAUUAAAUAUAAUAUUUACGAAUUUUAGCCUUAUUAUGCAAUAAAUGCCUAUAUUUUCAUAAUAAUGUAGGUCCUAUAAUUUGAUGUCUAUUAUACCAUGUAAUUAUAGGGUUAUGAAUGCGAUGUGCUAGACUCAAAUAGUACGGUUUAACGGGAGGAAAAAAAGAAUCCUAUAAUUAAAUCUCUUAAACUGAAAUUAGCAUGUAUCAAUAUGAUAUAAAGUAUAUACAGUAUAUACGGUAUACUCAGUGGUGUACUACAUGUAUGUCUUAUAUAUUCAAUAUUUUGUGGGAAAAUCAUGGGUAUAAUUUGUUGUUUAAAAAAAAAAAAAAAAAACUCUUCUUGAUGUACUAUUAUUAUUAUUAUUAUUACCCAUUUAUACCUCUUAUAGUUAUAAUUAUAAUAUUGAAUUUAUUUCAUUAACUAAAAAAUUCAGAAUUUCCUUACGAAUUGAAAUACUUUUUUUUAAAUUUUUUUAAAGCAAAAAAUAAAUUAGUUUUAUUAUGAUAGCUAUUAUGACGUAAACUUCCGCUAAGAAAUGAUUUUUGAAAAAUUCAACCCUUAAGGGUUACAAUAUAGGGAUUUUAGGCAUAUUUGGUAUGAAUAUCUUAUUGGUUAUUUAUUUAUUUUUGUAUAUUCAAGGGUUACAUUUGUUGCCACGGAAAAGAAAACUAUUUUAAUUAUUACUAUUAUUUACACUAUUAAAAUUUCACAAUAGAACGUCGAAGGUGGAUUACUCUUUUUCCACUUAUUUGUUUUCAUUCAAUGAACAAAACCAAAAAUUAAUAAGGGUAAAAUAAUAAUUAUAAAAAUUGGCAUUGGCAACGCCGGGCGUGGGACAGCUAGUAUUUAUGUAUAUAUAUACAGGCUGUUUCACGAAAAUAUACCCCUUAAAUAUCUCCGAAGAUAAUAAAGAUAAUCAAAUUCUGUUUUAUUUAUUAUAUUACUCACAGGGACGAAGACUACAAACAUUUAUAUUUGAAUACAAUUUUGUUUUAGUAAAACAAUUUAAAAUAACUUUAUUUUAUUUUAAGGGGUAUAUUUUCAGGGGACAGCCUGUAUAAAUAUAUUACAAAGAUAAGGACAACAAAUAUUUAUUUUUUAAUUAAAUUUUUAUGUUUUGGUAAAAAAAUUAAAAAGUGACUUUAUUAUAUUAUUUUCGAAAAAAUUGAAGAUUGCCAUUUUAUAAAGUAUAUUUUUUUGAAAAUUUUGACAUUUCAUUUUUUUAUUUUCAUUGAAUUCGUGGUUUUUAAUAAUUUUUUAAAUUUCAGAAAAAAAAGUGUAAGUACAAUCAAUUACCUAUUAUAAUAAUGGUCAAUUAGCAAAUGUGAUUACAUUCUGCUGUAUAAUUAUAGGUAAUCGGAAUAAUAAUUAGUAUGAUAUAAUUAUUAUUAUUAUGAUUAAUAUUGACUGUACAUUUUUAAAUUUAAAUUUUUAUGUAUUGGUUUUAAAAUUAUGUUUAUUUGUUUUAUUUAUUAAUAACUUUUCUACCAGAAAUUUUACUCAGAUUUUAAAGUGUAGCGCUUUUUCUAAAAGGAAACCUGACUGGGAUUGUACUUGAAGGAAGUUGUUUUAUUUUCCUGAGGGAUUUUCAUAAUAAAUGGGAAAACUAACAAAAAACUUAGGAAAAACGGGAACAAUUACGAAAUGUAUUAUUAUUAUUUUGAAAUCGUAUGUAUUUAACAUGUAUUACCGAACUCCGCUCAGAUUCGUUUUUUGUUAGCAAAGAUUAAUCGUUGCAUACAGAUAUACACUAAAUUCCUCUUUAUAUUCUACCUUCCGAACUCCUUACCUAUAAAACCUCAACAUAUUUAGAAGAAUACUCAAUAAAAUAACUUUUUUAAAAUCCUAAAAUUCUUCGAAAAAAAAAGUUAUUUUUUACAUUUUGUUGUCAAAAAAUAAAAAUUUAAUUCAAAUAUAAAUAUUUGUAGUCCUUAUCCUUGUGACUAGGUUGUACAAAAAAAAAAUAUUGAAUUUUAUUAUCUUUAUUAUUUCUUGAGAUACUACAAUGAUCUUCGGGGGACACUCUGUAUACUGUUUAUAGACCAAAAAGUAGUUGGGGGCAGUUGAGAAAUUAUAGUAUGUAUAUAGGGUAAUUUAAUUUAUAUCUGAAUGCUAUACUAUUAAUAAAUAUUACUUACGAAAAACUAGGUAGGUACUCUGUAGUAAAUUUGUUAGACUUAAUAGAAAUGCUUGAAAAUUUAACAGAAGGUUCAGAUUAGGAAUCUUUCUUUGUGGUAAAAAAAAAAAUCGAGUUUAAUGUUGUAUUAUAUUUUAUAUAGGAAUUUUAAUAUUAAAUUUUGACAAAAUUCGUUGAAUAAAAAAUUAUGUGGUACAAAUGUAAUUUUUAAAUUUUUUUUUGAUAUAUAUAUAUAUUGCUGAUUUAAGAACAAUGGUGAAGUCAGAAUUGAGCGGACUGACUAAGUUUCGAAAUUAUAGCUUUUUAAAGUUCUGAUAUUAUGCGGAUAUUAUUACUUAUGUUAAAUAACUAAAUAUAUUGUCUUCUAGAAAAGUAUGUUUGUCAUAGCGAAAUACUUAUUUUCAUCCUAGAGUUCGCGAGUUCAAAUUCGUAUUUCAAAAAAAAAAUGUUUUGCAUUUUUUUUUCUCUUUUACCUAAAUAAGGAAAAAGAAAUGCAUUUUGGGUAUACCUAGAGACCUAAGCCAUCGUUCGCUCGGAUUAUUUUAAUCAUGCAAUUUACCUCUCGAUUUGUUGUGCAAUUUUUAACAAAAAAAUGUUUACAUGAUUUUUUCUAACUCCUGAACACUGGACUUUAAUUUUUGAUUCAAACUUCUAAGAAAAAUAAUAAUUAUAAUAAAAAUAACAAAUUUGUCAUAUUUAAACUCUAUUUGUUUGGAGAAAUAAUUUUCAAAAUCCGAGUCGAAUGUGCUUUAUAAGAAAGCUUUAUCUCGCAGAAAAACAAAUGAUCGAAAUCGGAUAAUUCUACAAGACAGUAUAUAAGUCACUGGUUUAACUCUGGAGUAAUUUAAGACUUAAUUUUCAAAACGUAUUAUAGUAUUUAAAUUAAUUAAAUAUACAUACAAAAAUUAAUAUUUAAAUGUUUCCCCUAUAACCUGUUUAAAAUAUAGCAUUAAGCUAAUAAAUUAUUAUGUGCAUGUACGAUUAGGUUUACAGAUAAUAAAAAGUGUUCAUUGUAUAUUUAAGUAUGCCUAAAGGUACUUAAUAAUAAAAGUCGUAAGGAUGGCCCGAUACCACUUUUUACCUAUAUCUGAUGUAUGUUACUGAUAUUGGUUAAUUGAUUGAAAACUAGAUUUUAAAAUUUUUCCUGAUAUUCCAGAAACAUUAUUGACAUUGUUUCCGAAAAUAUUUAGUCAAUUAUAGGAUUUUUUUUUCAAAAUCGAUAAUACUAAUAUCGGAUAUCGGUUUAUAUGUAUAUCAGCAUACCCCUAUCAUUUACAGAUUAAAAACUGCUUAUUAUUAUUUAAUAUUUUGAAUUAAAUAUGAGUUUCUUUUUGAAAGAAAACUGCCCCUGUCUCAUAAAAGUGAAAAUAAUAUUCAAACUUUUUCUCAAAUUAAACUUAAAUUACAUCUUUGAUCACAUAUGUAGGUGCUGUAACUAUAUUUUAUAAUGUAGUACCUAUACUAUUAUGUUGAAACUGUGGUUAAUUUUUGUUAACAAAGUUAAAGAAACACAUUUGAUUAAUGAAUUUAGUUACGGGACCGUAGUAUAUUUCCAUAAUGCACUAGGGUACAUAUUUAUUUAUAUUUUAAGUUUCAAAGUUUAAUUUUUUUUCACAUAUAACAUGAUAGAAAUAAUAUUACGAAAUAAAUACAUAAUAUUAUUCUACUAAAACCGUUUUUUAUUUUUGUGGAUAUUUAUCGAAUAGAUUUCGAUUGUUUUUUUGUAGUACAACAAAUUGAAAAUGAAAAAGAAUAAAUAUUAAUUAUAAUGUACACGUAAACUUUUUUUAUUUUUUGAGGAUUACUUCAAUACAGGCUGCUAUGUAUCGCCGGAAAAUUACUAUAAAUUGCGAUGCUCGUAAAAUACGUAUUUAUAACUGAAAUACGGUCCAAUUAAUCUCAAUGGUGUUAAAAAGUCUUAUGUCUUAAUACCUUAUAUAUAUAUAAAAAGCGUUACACACAAUUAUAAUAAUAUUACACCGCUGCCGUGAAAUUAAUACGUUUUCGUCACAAUACUCAAACUUCUGACUAUAAAAUAUAGGUAGGUAUAGUUCUUAAUAUAACAAAUAUUUUACAAACGCCGUUCGAAUAAUAUAAACUUUUCAGUAAGGAACAAUUAUUUUUUAAAAUUGUAAUUUUGACGAAUUUUCACAUGCAUAACUAUUGAUUACUCUUAUAGAUGCUCUCAUGAGCAUUUAAAAACCUAGAACGUCCAAAUCUGAGAGUCUAGGUUUUUACGGAUAUCAAAAUCAGAACCAUAAACGAAUCUAGAUAGUAAAAUGCUUGAAUUUAUAAUUAUUAACUGCGCGUAUCUUUUGAUAACUAUAAUUAAAUUGAAAAUGUUAUCAUUUCCAGAUUUGUACCAUCUACAUUGAAAGUACACAUCUGGAUUCCAGAUGUAUAUGUUUCCAAAUGUGUACAUACGAGAUUGUUAUAACGUUCCAUACGUUAUACGUUUUUUAUAUUCCAGAUAUGUACAUGCUAGGUUUUCAUAGGUAUCUAUUCUCUUUUAGUUAGGUUACUCCAUAAUUUUGUAACUGUAUGUUUUUCGAAAUAAUUUUUUUUGUGCGACAUUGUCACAUUGAUCAAAAAGUUAAAUUUAUUCAUUUUUUACUUUAGUAAUAUUUGGAUGAUACACUGUAAAGAUUAUUUAUUUGUUUAUCAUUAUUAAUCAAAGCAAAAUUGCAGGUAGAAAAGCUGUUCAAAAGGAAAAAAUAUCUGUAAUAUUUUACUAUUACAUUUCGUACAUUUUCCCGUUUUUACCCAUUUUUAGGAAAACUCUUUGAAAAAUAAAAAAAAAUGAUCUCUCUAAAGUACCAUCCAAGUCAGAUUUUCUUUCAGAAAAUGUGCAAUCAUUGUAAAUCGGAGCAAAGUUGUUCACAGAUAAACAUCAUUGUAAAACCAAUACAAUCUUCGCUUUGCUCAGACCUAGGCCAUGUAUUACUGAAAAUAUAUAUAAAAAAAAAAUGUUUAAAUAAAGUAGCAUCAGAAAUUUUGUAUCCUUGGAGAUACUGUGUUAAAAAGUUACAACAUUUGCCUAACCAAAAAGUAUUUUUAAAAAAAACACAAGAAAAAGAUUCGAAAAUAUGUUCAAAUAAAGUACCGGCAGGCGGCAGUCAAAAAAUCCGAAUCGUUUUAUGUAAAACAUGAACAAAUCUGAGAAUAUUUAGUAACUGAAAAAAUGUUUUUCGAGAAAAAAAAAUAAAUCUUUGUAAAACUAAUAAUAGCAACACUCGGAAUCUAAAACAGAUUGAAAAAGAAAAAAAUGAGAUAAAACGGAUUGUGGACUUCUUCGACUUGUUGCCUGGGGCUACAGUUCUCGCUAGCCCCUCUUUUAUUCCAGUCGAGAAAGGGGUAGGAGAGAGUGCGAGAGCUGAAAAAACACAUUUUUUUAUGUUAUAUAAAUAUAUACUCGUUGUCAAAAAAAUAAGAAAAUAAAAUAUAUAUUAUAUGUAUAACAAUAAUGUAAUUAUCGUUUGUAGGUUUACCUUAUUUCGUUUUAUUUUUCGAGAGGUGGGAGGGAUGGGAGAAGGAAGAUUUUUUUUCGGAAAGAACGGUCGUUGGCGACGAUGAUGCAGAUAGAUAGAGUAGUGGCGACGUAGCGAAUGGUGGUGUUGAUUUCCAAAUUAAAAAACCGCUCGUAAAACCGGACGAUGAAAUACGACAAGUACGAUAACCGCGCGUUUCAUCCGUUUUUUUCCGAAACUCGAAAUUCGCGUGGGACCGGCCAAAGUCGAAAUGUUCGCGUUACGAGCCGCCACCAGUGGUUUUAUACACGGGGCGCACGGCGGUGUACGCGCGGCCGUAGUGCAGCGCCGCCGCCGCAAAGGCACAGGGUUCGGCGAAGCGGCGCUUUAGUUUUCCCAGCGGACAUUUCCCGACACUCAUCGUGUUUACGAGUAGUCGUAGGUAGCUAUAUACCUACGUACCUGUUGCUCCGCGGUCGCAAAAUAUUAUCGCAUCCCGUAAUCCCCCGGAUCUACUGCAGUCCGCGAUUAAAACCACAACACACUGCUGCGCGACAUUUGCGCACCGCCGUACGCUCCGUAUAUUUUAUUAUUCAUUUUAGUAUUAUUAUUAUUAUUAUUACGCGAGGGCGAUGUUCAAACGCGCCGUACUAAAAUUAACCCGCCCACACGUAUCCCCGAUAAUUUAUAUUGUCCCCUCUUCCAUCCCCCGAACUGUAGGUAAACGCAUGACAAUAUGGCCCACGAUAUAGAUAUAGGUCCGUGAUCGUGGCUCGUCUUAAACAAAGGUAUAUUAUAUACUUUUAGAUUCUGAGCGGAGCGAGGAACGUAUUGGUUUUACAAUAAGGUUUAAUUUUGCUUUUCUGCCGGCAAUUUUACUUAGAUUUUCGAGUACAGCACUUCUCCCGAAAAUUAAUUUGACCGUGGUAGUACUUUAGGAAGGUCGUUUUUUGAUUUUCCCACCCGUUUUAAUAAUAAAUUGGAGGAAAAACGAAGGGAAACCGGAAAAAUGUAUAUAAAAUGUUUUCAAUUUUUUGUUCUGUUUUGAUUAACUAAAAAAUAUUCGUAGAAACUUGAAGUUUGGACAGAAAACUCUUAUUUGGCUUUUUUAGACGUGGUCAAAUUUUCAAAAUUAUAGCCAUUUUUGAGCUAUUUAUAAAAAUUUUAAUUUUAUGCUGUUUUUCUACGUAAUUUUUGUUCGGUAGGUAUUAAAGAUCAGCAAGGGCUGGGCCAACCCGACCCAUACCGGGGUUGGACCGGACCGUUCUAUAAUAUGACUAUUGCGGGUUGGGUAUGAGUGGGUUCGUAAUAUUUUUCAAUGGGCCGGGGCCAGGUCGGUCCUUAAUAACUUUAUUUGUAUUAUAAUAUAUAAGAACAAUAUUAAUAGGCGUUAGUUAAGCAGAUGUUCCCAAACUGGUAGUGUAGGCAUUUCACAAAUCAUAAUAAUACAAUAUAUAUAUAUUACUAUAAAAAAUAAAUAAAUAGCCUUAUGAUAUUUAUAAACAGAUCACUGAUAAAAACAGAUAAUAUUAUUUUAAUAUGAAUGGUGAUUGCAGUGUAUUUUUUAUUGUAUGAUUAUGUUUUUCAUUUAAUAAUUUUAUUUUUUUCAUUGAAUUUAGCCAAGGCUUUAAAUUACAGUAGUCAGACUAGACUUUAACAAAACAAAAUUAAAUUACAAAAUGAUGAGUCAGGUCAAACCAAGAUCUUGAAAAAAAACAGCCCGUGCUUAUCUCCAGUAGUACUCCGUGGAUAGAAUUAUUAGACCAAACAGAAAUGCUAGAAAUUUAACAGGAGGUUCAUUGUAAGUUGUACUUAAUGGUGCACAAAAAUGGUAUUUGAAUACAUUUUCUACCAGAAAACUUGCUCUGAAGUAUAGACUGUAAUAUUUUUAAUGUAAGGUAAUAUACUCUCGUUGGUGCAUUGAGGAGGUCAUUUUUUAAUUUUUCAAGGAAUUUUUGAAAGAAUCGCGAAAAACUAUAGAAAAUUAUAGGUAAAUCGGCAAAUAUUUACGGCGUGCCAUGGUAUUACAGUUUUUAUUGUUUUUAUUAUGCCUAACUUAUGUUUUCUACCAGAAAUAUUAUUUCAAUUUAAAAAUGAUGUUUUCUAUUAUAAAUACUGCUCCAAUAGAAAAACAUCAAGAGAUUUAUUUUGUCGCAUUUUUAAUAAUUAAGCUAAACCGAAAAAUAAAAAAUGGGAAAAUUUACGAAAAUAAUUCCUUUAUUAUUUUAAAUUUUGUUUCUUUUAAUAUUAUUCAGUUUGAAAUAUUCGUAGUGACUUAUAAUGUUUUAUUUCUAGUUUUCGACUAGAAAUAUGACUUCAAUCGAAAAAUGACAAGAGAUCGAUUUUCUUAUUAAUAUUUAUCUACUGACAGAGCAAGAUUUUUUUUUAUAUCUAAAGUAUUUUUCAUAUACGAUUUUUUUCCAAAUUACGGCACAACGAUUUCAUUAUUUUUUUAAUUUUUACUACUUAUAUUACCAUUAAUAUUGUUAUAAUAGAUGAACGACAAGAGACCUUUUUUGUUGCAUUUUUAAUCAAAUUCAUGAGUAAGUUAUUCUCUUUUUAAUUUUCUUUGUAGUUGACAGAAAACAUUUACUUACAGUUUCUAGACGUAGUAAAGUUUUUAAAACAUUUGAACUAUUUUUGAGCUAUAAUUAUAAACAUUUUAAUUUUGCGAGUUUUUUAAGGAAAUUUUAUUUGGUAGAUGUUCAGUGAAUAAAAUUCUUUGAAAAAACGGAAAUGCUUGAACAUUUAACAGGAGAUUCAUUAUAAGUUUUACUCAAUGGUAAAAAAAAGUCAAGUGUAAUGUAUUUUUUUUUUUUUUUUAUAAGAGUUUUAAUAUCAAAUUCUACAACAAUGGUACACCCAUAAUGGAUUCAAUUUUGUAACAAUUAUUGUUCAGCAAAAUGAUCUUUACUCAAAAGCUUGUGUAACGAAUGCAACGAUGUACUAUAACAUAUAUUAUUUUUUUGAAUUUACGUAUAUGAAUAUAAUACAAUUAUAACAACAAACUAUCUAGCGCAGAGAUCGAGCAAAGAGGUUAUAAUAUUGCUGCUAUAAACAAUAUUAGGUACCUAUCAAAUUAAGGGUAAUUAAGGUAAUUAAAUUACCUGUAUGCAACCUUAUUUGUUAUACAUUUUAGAAUAAUAUAAUUAUAAUAAAAAAAAUUUGAAAAUUAUCUCUUUAAAGUACCUCACUAGUGAAAUUUUCUUUUAGAAACAUUGCUAUAGUUAAAAGUUGGAGCAAAAUUGCUGGUAGAAAAGUUGUGUAAAGGAAAAAAAAUCGUAACAUUUUAGUAAUACCGGGUGAUUCUUUUAAGUGGGUACACUCAUUAUCUCUGAAAGUAUUAACUUUUUUCGGAAUUUAUUUUCUAGAAAAUUUAAGAAACAGGCUGCUUUACAAUUUUAAAUUUAUAUUAUUUUUUGUAACUCAUAUUUGGGGGGGGGGGAUAAAACAACUACCCAUUUUUGAUUUUCAAAUGGCAACCUAUAUUAAAAAAUUCAUAAAUAGAUAGAGUAUUAGUUAAAAUCAAUUAAAGUGUUGACAUUUUUUAUUUCUGUUAUUCCUUUGACGAGAUAUUCCACUUUUAAACAUGAGUUGGAGGAGAGUAAUAGAGUGUUAUUUGUGUAUGGGUAUUAAUGCACCACUACUCUCCUCCAACUCAUGUUUAAAAGUGGAAUAUCUCGUCAAAGGAAUAACAGAAAUAAAAAAUGUCAACACUUUAAUUGAUUUUAACUAAUACUCUAUCUAUUUAUGAAUUUUUUAUGAAUCGAACUUAAAUGAAACUUACAUUCACCUUUUUUGUUGCCUUUUUGAUUUACUUUCUUAUGGUAUCAUCGUCAAAACGAUUUUUUGGGAGUUUUUUUACUGUUAUUCGAUUAUAAAUACACGUAGAGACUUGAAACUUUAUAGUAAUACUUAUAUUGGACUUAUCUAGACGUGGUGAAAUUUAAAAAAUCAUCAAACAAUUUUUUUUUUUUUAUUUUUUUAAUAAGUGUUUUGAAAUCAAAUUUAAACGAAAAUCGCAAAAAAAAAAUUACGGCACUUCAAAUCAUGUAUUACUGAACUGCGCUCGGAAUCGUCUUUUGUCAAACAAUGGUUUAUCGUUGCUCACAGAUAUAAAUGAAAUAACCUUAUGUAUUCUACUUUCCCAACUUCUCAUCUACAACAGUGGUCGCUCUCAUCUUCAGUAUUAGAUUUUUUUUUCGUUUUUUAAAAUUUGAUAAGAGAACUUGAUAAAAUCGAAAAAUGACCUUUAUAAAGUACCUCCCCAAGCCGAUUUACUUUCAGAAAAAGUACUGCAUAUAGAAAUGCGAGUAAGUCUAUUGGUAGAAAAGUUGCGCACAGAAAAAAAAAUUAAAAAAAAAAACAUCUUUGUAAUAUUAUACGUUUCUUCACUCUACUCAGAAUCUAAAAUAAAUUAAAAUUUUUAUUGAUUUUUGAGUCAAUUUUUUUGAUUGAGUCAAAAUGUUUGAGAUUUUUGGAAUAUGAUGAUUGAGUGUGUCUAAUCUAAGCUUCUCACUUAGUCGCCUUCUAAUUCAAUAUUCCAUACUUUCCCCAUGAUUAUUUCCCCAUCCUCCUGGAAUUAUGCCUUUCUAAACUCCUUUUCUCUGUCAUAUCUAAAUUAAAUAAAUAAAUAAGUAUUAAAUUCUAUUUAAAAAAUAUUUAAGUUUUUGUAAACAAUUUUAGUUAAAAAUCAUGUUAAAAAUAUUAGUUACUGCAUUAAACCAAAAACCUAAAUUAUUAGUUUUAUAAACAUAAUUUAUUUUCAUCUAUAUAUAUAUAUAUAUUAUAUUUAUAUCUAUCUAUUUAUAUUCUAUAUAUAUAUAUAAAUGUGAAAUGUAAAUUUUGGCCAUGCAUGUUUUCUGAAACUAAUAGACUGAUUUUUACGUGGUUUUUCACAAAAUGAUCCGCAUUGUCUAGAGAAGGUUUUAAACUAUUAAUCCUCGGCCAGGGCCAGAUACAUAAUAAUAGUUUAUAACCAUAUAACUAAUUAACGUUUGAAAAUGAAAAUUAAAGAAAAGGUAUUUUCACAUUGAAGGUCUUAAGGGAAAUAAUGGUUAACUUCAGUAAUAUUUACAGGAUUAAAACUGGAAAUUAACAGGUUAAGUUGCAACGACCAUUAGACCAUCACUGGGCAGCUAAAUAAAAACCUAAAAUGUUUUUAGCCAUGCUAGUAAGAGAAACUUGCUAUUUAUCCUAAGCUUGGGUUAAAAUGGAAAUAUUUUUAUAUUUGUUUAUAGCAACCUAACCUAACACAAAGAUAGGCAUUUAUUUCCUGGGCAAAGCAGGUUAAAUAAAUGUAGUUUCAUAUAAUAUUAUAAUUAAAUAUGUACUGUAUUUUGAAAAAAAAAACUGCAGGGUAAAAGAAUAAUAAUUAGUAUAGGUAAUAUUUAUCAAUUUAUUUUCUUACAUAUUGAUUAUUCAUAUUUUUUUUACAGAUUCAUAAUAUGGAUGAAGAACCAUCUGAUGAGAAAAAAUUUGUGGCAGAGAGUUCUAAGAACAAUCGUGCAAAAUGUAAAAAGUGUAAAGAAGUUUUAAAUCAAGGAAUGUUGAGAAUCGCAAAAGUUGUACCAAACCCAUUUGGUGAUGGGAAAAUGAUGGCUUGGCAUCACCCACAGUGUUUAGUAAAUGUAUUUGCAAAACAGAGAGCAUCUACAGCCAAAAUAACCUGUGUUAACGAUAUUGGAGGUUGGGAUGAUUUAUCUAUGGAACACCAAAAAGAAAUAUUUACAACAUUUCCCGAAAGUAAUAUAUUGUGUUACCUAUAUUUUUACUUCUGCUAAUGCAAUGCAAUAUAAUAUAGUUAAUAAUUAUAUUAUUUUAGUUCCAAAUGAAAAACUGAAAACCCAUAACAAUGAUGUGAUAAAAAAGACAGAUAAACUCAAUAAAAGAAAGUCAAAAUUAGAAGAAAAGAGUAGCCAAAAGAAGCAAAUAGAACGUUUGCCACAAAUGCAAGAAUACAAAUUUAAAACAUUUUGGAAACUAUGUAUGAACAUCUCAUUGGAAAAUGGCCACCUUAAAAAAAUGGAAAUUAUUAAAGAAUUUUUUGAUAAAAUAUCAUCUAAAGGUAUUCACCAUAUUAAUUUCAAAAUAAAAAUGUACUUCAAAUUAUAAUUAUAAAUUCAUUAUAAUUAACUAUUUUAACUUAUUCAUAUGAGUAAUAAAUAACUAUUUAAAUCUAAAUAUUUCUCACAUACUUAGUUAUGUACCUACAGUCCUACAUAUUAUUAGAUAACAUAAAUCACUUCUUUGUGUACCUAUGUUUACUUAUUAUUUCAUUUUCAAAUAUAUUUCUAUAGUAUUUCAAAUUGGAUAAAUAUUUUUAAUUAAUAAAACCUUACUAAUUUUAUAAUUUGACAAAAUUCUUGUAGUUUUAAUAAAAAUGUAAAAAUAGUACAUAUUUAAAUUAUUGUUCGAAUAAAACAUUAGAAUUGACAUUAUAGGUACUUGAGCCUUAAUAUUUAAUUGUUUUUAUGCUUAAAUAAUAUUGAAUUUAACUCCAUUAUUAUUAUCAUCAUAAAUUGAUUAACACAUGUAUUUUUUUAGUUUGAACAAUGUACUUGUUGUUUUUUUUAGAGUCAUCAAAUGAAACCCGGGCACAAUGUUUGUUUUUAUGGUGUAAAAUGUUAUUGCCUAAUUCUGAAAAAAGAAUUUACAAUCUACAAUCUAAACAACUUAUUAAAUUAUUUAGCCAAGUAAAUACUGUUACAUUUUUAACACUAAAAUUGAAAUAAUUAAUUCUUCUAAUUAAUCUAGUUAUUUAAACAAAAUAUUGAUUUAAUGCUGGAAGAUCUAGAAAAAGGUGACAUCGCUGAAACAAUAAAAAUAUUUUUCGAAAAAAGUAAUAAUGUAGAUUCAAAACCAUCCAAAAAGUCAACUUUGACCUUAAGUCAAGUCGAUAGAUAUCUGGAUAAAUUAUCACAUGAAACUACUGAAGCAGCACAACUUAAUUUAUUCAAAUCCAUUUCUAUGCAGUGAGUUUAUUAAUGGUUUUUUUCUUUAAAGUUUUAGGUUAAAUCUAAUUAAUUUAAUUUUUAGAUGCACUGAAAAUGAUUUAAAAAUGAUUAUAAGGUUAAUAAGGCAUGAUCUCAGAAUUAAUUGUGGACCAAAAUAUAUGUAAGUUAUUUUUAAAUUAAUAAUAUAUAGAAGCCACCUAAGUAUUUAUAUCUUUGAUGUGUUGAACUUCAAUUUUGUUUCUUCUUUUGAUCUUUAAAGGUUAAUAACCAUUAUCAUUAAAUCAAGCUAAUAAUUAAAUGAAUAAGUAUAAAAUUAAGGUUACUAGUUAUUCAAAAAAAAUUAAUAGUUUUAUCAAAUGAUUUGAGAUUUCUUUUUGAUUUUUGUGAGUAGUCAUUUAAGAUAACUCCAAUGAAACAUUAUAAGCCCAAUAGUGCAUACAAUUUAAAAAUGUAUGGGUAAUAUUAUUAUAAAAGGAUCAUUCAAGUAUAAUUGGGUGGUGAUUUGUAAAAAUUGCAAUUUCAUUAAAAGGUUUUAUAAAUACUAUUUAGAUAGUAUACUGAUAGACUAUUUAUCAAAUAGUCUAAAAUCUUUUAAAUUUCAAAAAACUAAUGUAGUGAAUUAUUUUAAUUAGUUAUGUAUCUAUUCAAAAUAUGGGCAUGGAUUAAUUAUUUGAAUUAUUUUACAAAAUUUAAACAAAAUUACUGAACAAUUAAUAGGUACACAUUUUUUCUAAUGCUUUAAAUUUAUUAAAACAUUCUGAAUAUUUAAUACAUAUCUUUGUCUUUUAAUACUGUAAUAAUACAUGAGUAUUACAUGAGGUACCUUGAUUAUAAUUAAAACCAUAUUAUGAUAUUGUUUAUGGUCAAAUUAAAAUAUUAGAAUCUAAAUUAUUUUAAGAAUCAAACAAUUUAUUUUCAAGGUUUUCAUUUGUUACAGUUAAUUAAUUAUUUUAAUUAAUUGUUAAGUUUACAUUUUUGCUUUAAUUAAACAUGAUUGGUUUUAAUAUUCUGAAUUUAUACAUUUAAUGUCAUAGUAUAUCUAUAUAUUUUAUAGGUAUAUAAUAUGUUUUACAAAACCGUGAAGUGCAAUUAUUACUUUUUAAUUAGUAACUGGGUUUAUUUUUUGAAAAUAAAAUUGUAUUUAUAUACUUGUGACGUAAUUAACAAUUCCUGGGCAGUUAGAUGUUUUUUUAGGUUUCAAACAAUUGGACUACUUUUACAAAUUAAUUACAACUUUUAAUCUAUAGGUAUAUCAAAUAUUUAAAUCUUUAUUGUAAUUUUAAAUAACUGUACGUAUAUAUAUACCGUAUAUACCUAUUCAAAUCGCAUCAAAUAAAAACUCAAACUACUUGAUAUUAAUUUAAAUGAUAAUAGCAAUAUUAUAUAAAAUAAUAAACUAAAUAUUUAUUAUUUAUGUUCCAUAUGAUUAGUGGAGUAACAAGAAAUAUAGGUUUUUAAUAUUUUAAAAUUCUCAUAGAUGAGUUCCAUUAUCAUUUUGUAUAUAUUUUAUGUACAUAUAUUUAAUUUGUAUUACAUGGUCCUAAAAUUGUAAAACAAUGAAAAACCUGUUAUUGCCUAAUACAUUAUACAAAUGUGUUUAGUGUCUACAUAUAAAUUAGUAUAGAGUUAACUAUUUUAUUAGUCUCAAUCUUGCAAUACUUAUUACAUGCCUAUAAAUAAAUUUUAUUUUUAGUUUGGGUGCCAUUCAUCCUGAUGCCUAUGAAGCAUACCAAACUUCACAUAAUUUGAAGUCUGUUAUAGAGAAAGCAUGUUCUUGUGAUUCUUCCAAAAUAAUUAGUAAUACAAAUAGCAAAAUUAACAUUAAAUUAUCUUUAUUAACACCAAUUUUACCAAUGUUGGUAAGUUUCCACACUAUAUGUAAUUUCUUAUAUUUAUUUAUUUUAUAAUCUAUUGUUUUAGGCUGAACCUUGCAAAAAUUUAGAUGGAGUUUUUAAGAAAUGCUUAACUGGUAUAUAUUCAGAAAUUAAGUAUGAUGGUGAACGUGUACAACUGCAUAAAUGUGAAAAAGAAUUUAAAUUUUUUUCAAGAAGUCUAAAACCUGUCUUGGGUCAUAAAGUAAAUAUUAUUGAUAUAUACUGCACACAUAAUUAUAUAUAUUUAUUUGUACUUAAUAUUUGUGUAUAUUUUAUAAUUGUAGGUCGAUUUAUUCAAAGAGUUUAUUCCCAAAGCUUUUCAACACGGGAAGGAGAUUAUUUUAGAUUGUGAAGUUCUCAUGUAUGAUCAUAAAAGUAAUAAACCAUUACCAUUUGGUACUUUAGGAGUUCAUAAGGUAUUUCCUUUUUCUAAAAUCAUUAGUGUCAAUUAUAAUUUUAACAUUAUUAUAUGAUUAUUGUUUCACAGAAAAGUAAAUUUAAAGAUGCCAAUCCUUGUCUGUUCAUUUUUGAUUGUAUGUACUAUAAUGGUGUAUCAUUACUAGACAGGUACAGUAGAUUAUUUAUUAUAACCUAUAGUAGAUUCAAUAAAUAUGUGUAACUGAUCCUAAAUAAAAAAUAUUGAAAACAUUUUUUCAUCAAACAAUUUUAUAAUAAUUUAUUGUAAUUACAUAAAUAAUUUUAUAUUAGAUUCUAAAACUCAUAAUAGUGGGUAAUUAGUAUGAUGGCAGAUGGAAGAUAUUCUAAAAUAUACACCUAAUAGUUAAAAAAAAAAAUUAUAUAAAUUACAAGGGUCAUCUGGAAAGUAAUACCUGUUCUUGAUUAUAGAUUAGAGGAGAAUCAUAGUGAUAAAGUUAGUAGCAUCAAAAGUGUCCAAACAGUGGCAUUUAGAAAUAUAAACCACUGCAGCCAAUGCUCCCAUCUCAAUAACAAACUUUAAAAAUUUAAACCAAGGGUUACUGCCAAUAAAAUCAUAACAUUCACAUUUUGAGAUUAGAAGGGAAUCUUUCUUAUUGAUUUCUUGGUGUCAAGGCAGAAUUCAGUAAGAUGGAUGAUUCAGAACUAGUCAGAGUUGAGCAUAAUAUUGAAUUGAACUUUUAAAACACCUACCAUCCAUAUUUCUUUUCUGUUGUUUUUGUUUUAUAAAUAUUUUGUAAUGAGUUUCGCAUUAUUAUGCUGCAUAAAUGGACGUUCCAUGUGACAAGAAAUUAAUAAAUAGUUUCCUGUUUUGCAGAGGCCACUGUUUUUAAUUUUGAAAGUUUGUUAUUGCAGUGACAACGGUGACUGCAGUAGUUUCCAUUUCUAGACACCACUUUUUGUUUUGUUUUGGUUCUACAAUUUCCAUCUGACCUAUAAUCACAAACAGGUGUUAAUUUCCAAAUGAACUUCAUAAACCCCAUGUAUCCUAUUAUCUUUUAUUUAAAUUCUUUUAUGAUAUUUUUCAGAUCAAUUGUUGAACGCCGGAAAAUUCUUAUGCAAAAUAUGACUGAAAUCAAAGGACAUAUCAUGUUUUCAGAAGUUAAAGAAUUACAUGUCAGGAUACAUUUUUAAAAAAAACUCAAUAAUAACUUGUAUUUAAAAGUUUGACUUAUUUCAGAACACUAAAGAACUUAAAUUAAUGGUGGAGACUGUAUUAAGACAAGGUCUAGAAGGAUUAGUUUUAAAAGACUUGAGGGUAAGAAGAUUAAUUUUUUUUUUAUAUUUUGGAACAAUUUUAGUUUAGUAACCAUUCAAUUUUUUGAUAUAUUUAUUUUUAAAAUAUGUUCUUUGCUAUACAUAAUAAAUAUAAACAAAAAAUAAAAAUUGGACAAAAUUUGUUUAAAAGUAAUGAGAGAAAGCAUUUUAAAAUAGUUUAUUUUGUAAUAAAAAUGGUUACAAUUUUUUAAAUUUUAUUUUGUGUUUUUCAAUGUUUUAUAUAUUGAUAAAAUCAACUUAUAAUUACUUUUGAUGUUUUUGUAACUCUUAUUUGUGUCCAGAAUUUAUUGUCUAAUUAUUUAUUGUUUAAUAAAUGCAAAAAAAAAUGUUUUCAAAAUGUAGGUAUUAGUAAACAGAUAUAAAUACAUCACAUGUUGUUAGCUUUAAAAAUUAUAUAUAUUUAUGCAUAAUAACAUGUCCUGACUGACUGACUGAGUUACUGACUUACUGAUUUAUCAUCAUAGCCCAAACCACUGAAUAGAUUGGGCUGAAAUUUGGCAUUUGCUAUUAUGACUAGCUAUUAUACUACCUAUUAUGACGUAGGUAUCUACCAUGAAAGAAUUUUUAAAAAUUCAACCUCUUUUGUUUGUUUUUAUGAAUUUUUGGUAGAAAUACCUAAUAGUUUAUUUAUGGUUACAUUGGUGACUUGGUUGACAAUUUAUUUGUUACAGAUAAGAUAACUAUUAUUACUAUUAUCUAGCAAUAGCAAAGUAAUAUCUACAUUGAAUAGUAACUGUUGUCUUUUUUAUUUUAUUUAUUUAUUAUUUUAUUAUAUUACAUUAUUAUUAUUAAAAAUAAUAUAAACUGUGUGCAUAUGUAUGACAAGGUGUAUAUAGAACACAAAUUCAAAUAGCAGCAAAAUAUACAUUAAUCAAAUAUUUAUUUCUUACAUUAAAUUACAUAUUUAACAUUUUAAACAUAAUUGGUUGAAUGAAUCUGUUUAAUUUUAGGGAACUUAUGAACCAGGAAAGAGACAUUGGCAAAAAAUCAAAAAAGAUUACCUGUUUGAUGGAACCAUCGCUGAUAGUGCCGAUCUUGUAGUUCUUGGAGCUUGGUUUGGAACUGGAAAUAAAGGUACCUAAUUAUAUUAUAAGUAUAUAAGACAUUAGUACAGUUAAACACUAUGUUUUAUACACAAUAUUUAAAAAUUGUUUAUAAAUAGGUGGCAUGAUGUCAAUAUUCUUAAUGGGCUGUUAUGAUAAAGCUAAAAAGGUAUGGUGUACUGUAACAAAAGUACAUGGAGGGCAUGAUGAUAAAACAUUAGAAAAAUUACAGGUAAAAUAUGAUUUUGUUUACAUUUAAAAUGCUAUUAGUUAUCUAUGUACAAUGGGAAAAAGUAAAUGUAGCCAAUGUUAUCAUGAGCAAAUUCAAAUUUCAAAUGAUAUCAAAUACCUAUCAACCAGUAUUAAACUUUUAUUAAAAAUAUUGCUUUGUACAAGUAUUAAUUUAAAUGUUUAUACAACACAAUUAAAAAUGAUUUUAAAAAAAAUUAAUUUACUAUCAUAAUAAAAAUUUACCAUUGAAUUAAAACCACACAGAUAAUUUGUUCAUAAUAAAAUGUAUAUUAUUUUAGAAUGAAUUAAAGAUGAUCAAAAUUAGUAAGGAUCCUGAUAGAGUUCCACAGUGGUUGAAAUGCAAUAAAUCAAUGAUUCCAGAUUUUGUAGCACAAGAUCCUAAGGUAAAUAAAAAAAAUGUUACAAUUAUUAAUUUUGAAAAAUUAUUAGAACACCUAUAUAGCUUUAUAAAGUUAAAAAUAGUUUUGAUAUUUAUUUAUUUUAUGGACAAAUUGCCCAAUUUCAAGUACAUUGAUAAUAAUAAGAAUUGAGAAAUAAAUACAUAACAAAGUUGCACAUAAUAUAUUAACAACAUUCAUAUACAAUGAUAUUGCAUUGUUGUCAAGUCUCAAUACAUACAAAUUUAAUAUUGAUGCCAAUGAUACCUAUAGGAGCUAAAAUAUUCUAUACUUUCAUAUUUUAACAGUAAAAUUUUAUUAUUAGUAGACUUUAUUUUCCAAGAAAAUUUGUGAAUGUUUAUGAGGUGAAAAAAAUUUAAAAAUGUUUUCUGUUUGAAGUCUCAGUUUUAGUAGCUUUUUGCUAAUUUGGAAAACUAUUGUGAAUUUCAAAAAUUGACAAUAUUUAUAAUGUACCAAGUUGAGGUAAUUUCUUAUUUAUAGACUUAAACAAUGCUGGAUGAAACUUUGAAAUGUGAUUUUCUACCAGAAAAGUUUAUACACAAUCUUAGCUUUAUUCAGAACCAAAGAUUUGGUAGUAUACCUAUGAGUUUAUUUGUAUUUUUCUUAAUUUUUAUAAAUUUAUGUUAGUAAGCUAUUAAAUAUUUAUUAAAAAUAAUAUUUAACAUUUAAAUAUCCAUAACUGGGUAAUUUUUUAACAUUAGGAAGUUUGAUCAUUAAAAUUCAUAAAAAUAAUAAGAUUAAAAAUAAUUACUCAAAAAUUUGGGAGUUGCCAUUUAAAAAAAAAGUUGUUAUGUCCAUGCACAAAAUUAAAUGUCAUGCAAAUAGUUUAAUUAGUUUAAUAAGUGUAAAACAAAGUUUAUUAGGCACCCAAAAAGACAGAAUUAAAAUACAUUUAAUUUGUGCAAAGUUAUAGAGUGUUUCCAACUAAUGAUUACACAUUGUAUAAUAUCUAAGAAGGCAAUUUAUUAACCUAAGAGUUUACAUUAAAUUGCACAAAAUGUACUUAUUUAGUAUUAUUUAGAAAUGAAAAUAAUAAGUUAAGUAGGUACUUAUGUAUUUUUGAUUUUUUUUUUUUAAUUCUUCUUCCUUUGCAAAUUUUUUUCUAUAUAUUUUUCUAUUUUGAGUUCUACAUGGUUUUUAUUGGUCAUUUUUAAGUAAAAAAAAAUAUUAACAAGGCGAAUGUAAUAAAAAUGACUAAUAUUAUGACUAUAACACUUAUUAAAUAAUCAAUUUUGUUCAUAUAAUAUUCUUAUACCUUAUAUACCUAUGUAUACAUUUAGAGAAAUAUUUGAAAUAAAUGGCAAUUCUAAAUAUUCAACAGUAUUAUUAAAUAAGGAGGUUCAAAAAAUAUCCAAUCAAUAUUUAACUAUGUUUAACAUGCGUGUUUAAACAUUGAUGGGAACGGUUUAAAUACAAUUUUAAUGCCAGGUGUGAAUUUUGUAGUACAAAGUUUAACUUGGAAUUAAUGAAAAAGAGGGCUCCAUAAAAAUGAGAUAAGCAAUAUUUCUGGUAUAGAAACAAAAAAAGCAUACAAAUUUAAAAUAAUGAAAUCAUAAUGCUGGAAAUUUAUUAGUUUUCAUUUUAAUUUGUUUCGGGUUUUUCUCAAUUAUUAUGAAAACUAGGGAAAAUCAAUAAUUAAUUAAGAUUCUUGUCGUUUUUAUAUUGGAAUGAUAUUAAUGGAAAAAAACAUAGUUUGCAAAAAUUAGCAGCUACUGUCACAGUUAAUUUAAUGUUCACCUGUAAGCAACAAUAAACCAUUGCUUACGAAAAAACGAUUCUGAACAGAGUUCAGUUAGUAGUAUAGUUGCUUCGUCUACCAUAUAUAUAUCAUAUUAUGGUAAAAUAAUUACAUAGACAUUAUACAUAUUCUUUAAAAAUAUUUGUUCAACAAUGUACCUAUUUUCUCGUUUUUCUUCCAUUUUUUCAUGGUUUUUCAAAUUUUUCGGGAAAACCCUUUGGAAAAUUGAAAAAUGAUCUUUCUAAUAUACUUCCAUAAGAACAUUUUCUUUCAGAUACCUUUUACAUCGUUUACAUCAGAGUAAGCUUUCUGGCAGAAAGUAUUCAAAUAAAAAAAAAAAAAAAUUUGUAAAAUCAAUACAUUCUUCGCUACACUCACAAUCUAGUUAGAAAAGAGACGGACAUACUUCGUACGUGUGUGCAGCCACUGUUGAAAGUAGGAAGUUGAGAAUAUACGUAUCAUUUUUAUAGACUUGAAAUUUGAACACAGAACUUGUAUUUGCCUUUUCUAAACGUGGUAAAAUUUUCAACAAAUUUAAGCUAUUUUUGAGCUAUUUAUAGAUAUUUUAAUUUUGUGAGUUUUGUACGUAAUUUUUAUUCAGUAUGUAUUUUGUGGUAAAUUGUUAGACUUAACAAAAAUGUUUGAAAUUUUAACGGGAGGUUCAUUAAAAGUCGUAAUUAGUGGUAAAAAUUCCAAAAAUCAAAUUUUGAUGAAAAUCGUUUGACUAAAAAAUUAUGUGGAACAAAUCUAGUUACUAGUCUACGCAUAUUUUUAAAAAAUUUUAUUUCGUUUUAAUUAUAUGUAUAUUGCUAAUUUAAGAUCGAUGGUGAAGUCAAAAUUGAGCAGACUGACUUAGUUUCGAAUUUCUGGCUUUUUAAAGUUCUGAUAUUAUUAUUUAUUAUAUUAUUACUAGUACCUAAUGAUAUUAUAUGUUAUAACUCUAUAUUUUCAAAUAUGUAUUAUCUCUAUCUUAGUUUAGUAGUGCUACCUAUCCAUUGUCUACCUAUUGUCGUAUAGAUAUCGCGAGUUCAAUCCCUUGUUCCGAAACAAAUGCAUUUUGAGUGUACCUCGUUUGGGUGUAAGCGAUCGCUCGAUGGAGCUAUUUUAAUCAAAAAAUACUCCUCGAUUUGUGUUGUAAACUUUUCUACCAGAAAUCUUACUAUGAUGUAUUAAGUGCAGCACCUUUUUUGAAAGAAAAUUGUAUUUAUGUAUAUUACUUUGAGGCGGUUAUUUUUUGAUUUUCCCAGGAGUUUCCACAAUAAAUGGAAAAAUCAAGAAAAUAAAUACAAUAUUAAACAAAUAUCAUAACGCAUAUAUAAUUAAUAAUUAUUUUACCAUAAUGUGACAUUUAUAUUAUUGACAAAACAACACUAUUAACCGAACUUCGCUCAAAAUCAUUUUUUUGUUAGCAAUGGUUAAUCGUUGUGUACAAAUAUUCAUUAAAUUUCCUUUCUAUACUUUCCCGAAUUCUCACCUACAACAGUGGUCCACCAGCGUACAUUUUUCCGUUUUUUCCCAUUAAUUGAAAAUACUCCUUGAAAAAUCAAAAAGUUACUUCCCUGAAGUACCACCCCAGUCAGAUUUUCUUUCAGAAAAGAUGCUAAAACUGAUUCUUCGGAGCAAGAUUUCUGGUAGAAAUUGUAAAACCAAUACAUUCUUCGUUACACUCAGAAUCUAAAAUAUUCAUUAUUUUUAAUGUGAAUUAGGUAUAAGUAUUUAACUGAUUUUUCAAAUAGUUUUCGAUAUGUUGUGGAUUAUUGUGUUUUUGACUUUUUGUCGACUUAAUAUUAGUGUCGUUUAGUAAAAAUAAUAUUAUGUCUGACCGGAUGCACAAUCAAUCCGGAUUUUUCUGGUAAGUGAUCCAUUGAAAUUCCAUUAAAAAGUGAAUGCUUUUUACUCCGGUCUACUGAGUGAAUAAACCGUGUACUGAAAAAAAUAGCACUUUCAAUACCUAUAAUAUGAUGUUGGAUGUACUUAUUAUUAAAUAGUCUCUGACCAUCGCCGUAUUGGUUUCUCCAUUUAUAAUUAUUUUACUAUGCCGGUGGCGAUGGUACCAUGGCAGUUCUAUUUAUGUUUUUUUUUUUUAUGUAGAAACCAAAAUUUAAAUAAAUCGAUUAAUACCAUCACCGAGUUAUAAUUUGUUCACCCGACCAUUCGUCUCCGAGUAUUUGUUUUGCUUUCAACAACACUAGUAACGACAUUGAUUAAUGCCGUAAAAUUAUUCAACAUUAACUAUUUAUAAAUCAUAAUUUAUUAUAUGAUAGUAUGUAGUGUAGAUGAUUUCAUGUCAAAUAAUUACUUUUUGGCGUUUGCUGGCGAAUAAUUUACAUCUGGCCAAUAAAACACAUCAAAUAGAAAUUUUUGGAACUAAUGUCUUCUCCACACCCUCCCCUCUAAUAAACCACUGUAUGAAAUAAUACACACGUAGUGCUUCAAAAAUAGAGUUUGUCAGUUGUUCAAUUCACUCAGGUUCAAAAGGUGUUUCGAAAGCUUAAAGUCCACAUUCAAAAUGGUCUUUUAAAUAGGUAUUUAUUUAGCAACGGAUAUUUUCGAUUUUUCGUAGUUACCUCUGUGCAAUAUAACAUUCGAGUAGAAAAUACGAGUUCAAAUGUGAUUGACUUAAAAUAAAUUAUCAUAUACGAGCCUCAGAAUUCAUAGUUGUGACACCUACACUUUUACAAUUAUUUAUUAUGCAGAUGUUGUGUAAUACCUGUUUAAUGAAAACAAUUUAUCGUGCUAAUAGAAAAUGCCAGUUUGGGAAAUUACCGGGGCAGAAUACUCGCAAGCCGAAAUACAUACAGCUAAUGGUAUAUCUAUCAGAUUUCCUAGGGUGACUAAAAUUAGAAAUGACAAAACUUGGGAAACCGCAACUACGCUUACCGAAUUACAAGUAAGUAUGACAGUUCGUUCGUGACGAUUUAACUUUUUACCUGAAUAUUAAUUUCGUUUUCAGAAUUUAUUCGAAUUGUCAAAAGAAACUAGUAAUUUAAAUAUUUUUUCAAAUCUUCGUACUGACAAAAAUACCAGUUCUGAAAACGAAUCGCCUCAACCGACUCCUGAAAAACGAAAACAUAUGAAGGUGAGUAAAAUAUUUAUCUUAAAGUCACCCUUCUUCUCGUGUAAGUUAUAAUGCUAGUUUGUUUCAGUUAUUUCUAGUCCUUAGGUUAGUUUUAGUUUAGUUUGGAUUGUUGUAUAUGCAUCCUUGUUAAGCUUCGGCUUUUAUUGGAAAAGUAUAUAAAUGCUAUUAAAAGGCCGUGCUAAUUUUUUUUUCGUGAUAGGCAAUAGUCUAGAAUACUUUUCGUCCUACUCUAUACUACAUAUUACUACUUAUAGUAGUAUAAUUGUUGUUGUAUAUUAUUAUUGUUGUACUACUAUAUAAACAUUUAUUUUGGCCAGUGUAAUAUUGCAUUUAAAAUUUUAGGUUAGGUAAUGUGUAAAUACUUUAAAUAGCCAAUUCAUAUUUAUGUAUACUUAAAACCGAUGUUAACACACUAUGUAUGAUCCAGUCGUGGUCGAACCUAGGAAUUCAGACCAAAUUAUGUAACUAUUCUUAAAUAAUAAUAUACAAGGUGUUUUUUUCAACUAUUUAUAUAAAAAAAAUCCUGAUCGCGCCAAUGAUCACAACUUUGGUUUUUUAAAUGAGAACCUAAAUGUUUUUUAUAAAAUUGGCAAUUUCACAUUUUGGGAUUUUUCUGAAAAUGUUGACUUCUUGUAAUCAAAAUUUGAAAGAAAAGUUUCCGAGUAAUUCUACUUAAAUAACUAAAGGGUAAUAACUACAUGAUUCAGAACAAGAAAUUACCCACGCGAGAUUCCUAUGAAACAGUCUGUAUCCAAUCCUUAGUAUGUAAAACAGAAUAACUCAGAAUCUUUUUAUUCAAAUUUUUAACUAUAGUACGAAAAAAAUUUUCAAAAAAAUUAUUUGAUUGGCUAAAAUUGUUAAAACUCCUUAAAUGUUCUAAAAAAUCGAGGUAUCCAAAAUAUUGUCUUUAACUGUUGUUAAAAGUGUAUAUACUUAAAAAUACCAAAAAUCAGAAUUUGAAUUUAUGCAUAAUUUAACCAUAUAAAUGGGGUGAGUAUGCUUAAAAAUCACCCAGUAUAAUAUAUAAUAUAGAUAUAAAAAAAAUUGUGUUAAAAAUUUUAGUUCUUAUAAAUUAUCCUUAUCCUCAUAACAAAAUAAUUUGUUCACCACUGGUACUAUUAUUGUUAUGUUCAAUCAAAAAAAAGACAUACAUACUUACCAUGAUAGGUGGACCACUGUUGUAGAUGUGAAGUUGGAAAGGUAGAAUAUAGAUGGGAAUUUAUGUAUAUGUAUACAUUAUAUAUAUAUAUAAUUAAAGAUUAUUCAUUGCUAAAACAAAACGAUUCUGAGCGAAACUUCAUUAAAGAGUAUUACUUUUUCAACAAUAUGUAUGUUAUAUUAUAGUAAAAUAAAUAUUAUUGAAUAAAAUAAAUUACACAAUAAACACAUAUUAUGUUGCAUUUGUUUUUUCCCUGUUAAAUCUACUUGACGUGGUUUUAACAAAAACAAUUUUUUUUUGGAACUCUGAUUUAAACUUGUGAUCUCUGGGAUGAUUUCAGGUACAUACCACCACUAGACUACGACAAAUAUUCUAUAAAUAUAACAAAAACAAAUUAUUUAACAUAACACAGGUGUAAUAUUCACAUAAAUAUCAGAAUUUCAAAAAGUUAAAGUUUCGAAAUAAAGUCAGUCCGCUCAAUUCUGGCUUUAUCAUCGUUCUUAAAUUGGCAAUCUGCAUAUUAUGUUUAAAACAAAAACCAAAAAAAAAAAAAAAAUUGAAAAAUUUGCUUAGACCAGUAAUUCUACAUUAAGCUCAAUUUCUUUUUUACUACUAAAAUGUACCAAUUUUAAUAAACCUCGUGUUAAACAUUCAAGAAUUUCUGUUUAGUAAAUAAUUUUAUCCACAGAGUACCUACCAAAAAAAAAAUUACGUACAAAACUCGCAAAACUAAAAUGUCUAUAAAUAGCUCAAAAUUGCUAAAAUGUUUGAAAAUUUUGUCACGUCUAGAAAAGCCAAAUUUCGUGUCUAAAUUUCAAGUCUCUACGAAUAUUUUUAACUGAAUUACUACAAAAACAAAAUUUAAAAUAAUAAAAUCAUAUUUUCGUAAAUUUUCCUGUUUUCUUACGUUUUAUCCCGGGUUUUCCCAGAUAUUACGAAAACCGCUUGAAAAAUCAAGAUAUAACCUAAAGUAUUAGGUAGUUUUUAGUAUUUAAAGUAUCAUCUAGACAAUAUUUUCUUUCAGAAAAGAUGCUACACUUACAUACCGAUGCAAAAUUUCUGGUAGAAAUUUGUGUCACAGUAUAUAAAAAAAAAAGAAUAAACAUUUUUCUCUAUAUUCAGUUUCUAAAAUGUAACUUGUCUGAAUAUAAUAAUGUUACUGAACAUCUAUAAAUCUCUUAAGUUAUAAAAAAAAAAUUGAAAAUGACCUAUACUUUAUUCAUAUAAUACAGUAUAAUACAAAAAAUAAACUAUACAUUAUUAUUAAAUACACAUAAUAUUAUACAGCAUUAAAUUCAUAUAUAAAUAUAUAAUACCGUAUAAUACUAAAAAUAUAUAAAAUACUGUAUUUUCGUUUUACUGCUUACCUAUAUCUAUUUUAUUACGACAGUUGGUUAUUCGAUAUUAUAAUAAUGAAAGUUUCCGCGUAAAUGUUUCUGUUUCAUUAUACGAGAUUUGCAAACAAAUUUUACCCAGAACGAUAAUCGAAUGUUGUGAAAAAUUGAAAAAUAUAAAAUAAAUUAUAAAUAUACAGAAGUAUACCCACAACAGUAUAAUGUAACAUUUAAAUUUACACGACUGGAAAUAAACGAGUUUGUUGUAUAGAUAGAAAUAUUUGCAGAUAGUUUAUAAUAUAUUAUAUUUGUUGUGCAUAAAUAAUUGUGGUAAACUUGCAAAUAAAUAACAGUGGAAAUCCUACGUACCUUCACUGUUUUUUUUAAAGAUAUUCAGAAAAAUUCACCAAGUAGAAUAAGUUUCACUAUAUGUGAAAUUCACCAUUUUUUGUUCGGUCACCUAAAACCCAACAAUAAAUUAUAUUAUACUGCGUAUUAACGAAUAUUAAAUCUAUAGUUAUAAUAUUAUGUUUUAAAUAAAAACUUUUUAUUAUUAUUAUUCCAGAGAACUUUGGACGAUCACGUCAAACCGGGUGGUUCAAAAACUAAUGUCAGAAUGGAAAAUAAUCCUGUUAAAAAAAUUAAACUUUGUGCCGAAAGACCACGUCAACCGGUAAGAGUACUUUUUUAUGUUAUUGUAUAGGUAACUUAUUAAUUAUACUACCUAUAUAUAAAUUAUUAUUAUUUUUACGAACAUAAAAACUUACUUAAAGUUAUGUAUACACAAGUGAGCAGCAAACUCUGGUCACUAUAAAGUCAAAUCCUCUUUCCCACCUAUUUUAUAUUACAGAAAUAUUUUUUGCAAAGCGAUAUAUAACCGGACACUAUAAUAAUAUAAUACUAUACUAUAAUUAUCAUAAUUUUUCCAAAAAAAAAAAAAAAAAUGUUAAAAUUUGAUAAUAAACAUCGUAAAGACGAUUAAAAGUUUAAACAUACAAAUCACAUUCUUGAUAUUACGUAUACAAAAUAUCAUUCCCCCCCUGAUUUCAUUUAGGGAAUCCAUAAUGAUUUGAAAAACUAAAAAACCUUUUUUUCCUACAAUACAAUGGCUAAAUUGAUAUUAAAAUUCAACCUAACCCUAAUUUUUAUCACUUCGAUCCAGCUACAAACAAUUCCGAUUCCCAAGUUCAGAGAAAGCUGCUAGAAAUGUCCUAAAGUAGAAAUAAAAAGAUAUGCAAUACUAUAUUUUCGAAUAAAAUCUGUCAAAAAAGAUUUGUAAGUAGCACAUUUCCGUCCACUUAAUUCGGAUUUUACACUAGGUAUCAAUUUUUUAUUUUAGAAAUAUUCUUUGCCAAACAAUAAAUAACCGAAUACUAUGUAUACUAUAUUAAAUUAUAAAACUUCCGAAAAAAAACAAUUUAAAAUUUAAGCAUCAAAUGCUUAAAUGCAAUGGUAGGGGCGGAGAUUAAAAAUCGAAACUCUCAAAAAGCACGUCUUCGAUACUAAUGCCGUGCAAGUAUAAAAUUAUAUUCCUUUGAAGGCUUCAUUUGUAAGGUCUUAUAUUGAGGUAUUCAAAGCUUACUUAUCAAAGUACAAUCUUACUUCCUUGAAAAUUAAAAAAUCUUAAAAAUGUUGAAAUAAAUUCAUAUUGAUAUUCCACUCGACUUUUUAUCACUUCAAUUCGCCUGCUAUAAAACAAUACUUUAAUUCUUCAGUUUCAACUCGUUGAUGGUACAAAGGGAGCCGCCAAAAGUGUAUUAGAAAAAAGUGACGGAAAAAAGAUACAAAGUAGACUGUAAUAUAGUUUCGCCUAUUUCCAGGGAGAAUUUGACGAAAAAAAACAUGCUUGUAAUAGAUUUCAGUUUGUUAUUUUGUUCAUCGCUACACAAGAUGUUCUACAGUGUUAUCCUUAUGCUAAUAACUAAUGUGCUAAUAUUAAUUUUUUUUUUCAAUCGGGUUUUGUUCGAGUGGGACACAUGUGUAAAAAAAAAUUAAAUUUAUAUCUAUUUAAUUUAUUUAAGAUAUUUAAGAUAUUUUAAUCUCAUAAUCAUUGAAAAAAAUAACUUUUUAUCUAUUCACUUUUUAAAAUUUUUGAAAUAUUUUAUUCAAAAAUGUAUCAUACAUUCUUUGCCAAUUAAUAGUUUCUUAUAGUCAUUUUAAUUUCUAGAAAAUUGGCGUGAAAACAAUUAAUAUUCAAUAAAGAUAAGGAAUUACUGAACAAUUAAUUGUUCCCAAUUUUCUAUAAAUUAAAAUGACUAUUACUAAGAAACUAUUUAUUAGAUAUAAAUGUGUGCUACAUUAAUAUUUUUAGAAUAAUAUCUUUUACAAAAAGGCUGAUUGAAAAUGAUGAAAAGUGAAAAGUAUGAUAAAAAUAAAAUAAAGUUGCUUUUUUUCAAUACCUAAUUAAGUGAUGAAAAUAAAAAUUUAAUUUUUCUCUGCAUAUGUUUUACCCUCGCACCCCGAUUAAAAAAUAUAAAAUGAAUAUUGAUAGAAUAUUAGCAUAAGGAUUACAUUAUAGGACACUGUAUAAUAUAAUUUUUAUAAUAUUAUAAUACAAUUUGCUAAAGUGCUGUACGUAAUAUAACCGUCGAAAUUGAAUAUAAAUCCAUUACAAUACUAUAAGUACAUAGACGUGUUUAUCUUAGGUAUAUUUAUUAUUUUUUUUUUUAACGAAGCCAUAAAAACGUAAAUUGAAUUUAAUUUGCAUUUGUUUAUAUUCUAUUUAAUUUUUUUUCCAGCGUUUACCUGAUUUAUUCACUGGAAUUCGUCUUGUUGUGCCAGAUACGCCUUCUAAGAGUGUCUUUUUACGAUAUUUUAUUGCGUAUCCUUUUCAUAUAUAUAUAUAUACGAAUAUAUAUUAUUCUAAUAUACUUAUUGACAUCCCGCAAGACACUUAUUAAUCAUUAUAUCAAAAAGUUUAACAUAUUGCAAACUUUUGUUGGAUUUAAUUUUUUUUGAAAAUUCAAGAAACCCGUAGCAGCUCUAAAAUGUAACGUUACCGUUAUUUUUCAACACCUUUACUUUUGGAAGUGAAACUGCUUAUUUUGAUUUUAAAUAAUUUCGCUUUUAAGUUAUCGUUUUGUGGUUAAGAGGAUAGCAGUGUGUAGAGCAUCAUUUGUGUGCGUGGGGGUGUUGUGAAUUAAAAAGCGAAUAUACGUAUGAUUUUAUCACCCCCUCUUCCUCCAAGCAGAAUUAACGGUAAUUUUGCAUUAGGUAUUUAGAACUGCAACUUAUUAUUUCUUGAGUUUACUAAAAAAAUUAAAUCAAAUUCGUAAAAUAAAGUGAAUACUUUUUUUUGAGAUUGACUAUAAUGAUAAAUAUCUUAAUAUAUAUAUAUUUAACCGUUACAUGUUAUACAUUUUAUCUCGUAUAAAAUAAUCUGAUUAACCUGAUUAAUCCAAUAUAUAUAUAUAUAUAUAAAACUUAUACAGUUAUAAAAAUGUAUGGCUGAGGUAAGUAUACUCACUACUCAGCGUGUACCUAUCCGGAAUUUAUAAAAAAAAUAAUAUGUAAACUAUGUAUUUAAGUGUUUACUUCAACCGUAUUCCUUAAGGUACAUAAUAAUAAUAAAAAUAUAUGGUCAAGUAUGAGAAAAUUGUUUAAACGUGUUUAUUUUCGGAAUAUCUACAUAUAAUUAUUAUUAAUAAAAAAAAACAUAAAAAAAAUACAUAAAUAACAACACUUAUAUUUCGACUAAUAAUUAUUAUAAUUAAAAGAAAUGAAGAAAAACUAGUUUACGAGAUCCCCGUGUGUGUGUAUAUAGGUAGGUAUAUAUAGGUAUUUCAGUAGUUGUAUCAACUACUUUUCAUAUUUUUUUUAAAAAUGUAUGAAAACUACUUUUACGCGUUUUUAGAUUUAUAUAGAUAUGAUCAUAAUCCUUAACAAUACUGUUUUCAAUUCUAUUUACAAUAUCAUAGUUCCAGAUAUUUUUAUUAUUAUUUGAUGCAGUUUUUUAUGCAAUGUUUUAUUAAACAGUCAAAUAAUACUAUAAAAUCAUUUUCAAAAUAAUGAAAAAUAAAUUAAAACUGGAUAUUUCAACUAUAUAGAUAUACAGGAUAAUUCAUUUAACGUAAAACAUUCAUUAUUUCACAAAGUAUUGCCUUUUUUGCCAUAAUUUUUUUAAUUUAAUUUUUUUUUUUUUGGGGAGGGGAGGGAAUUGAUACAGCUACAUAUUUUUGAUUUUUAAAUAAUAACCUAUAUUAAAAAGUCCAUAAAUAAAUUAAGUGUCUCCUACCUAAACUUAAAGUGGAAUAUCUCGUAAACGUGUUAACGGGAAUGAACAACUUCAAAAACAAAAUGUAUUAAAUAAAACUAAUACUCCAUAUAUUUAUCGAAUGUUUAAGAUAGGUUGCUAUUUUAAAAUCAAAAGAAGAUGGUCGUUUUACUCUUAAAUAUAAUGGUGAUAAAAUUAUUAAGAAUGUAACAUUUUAGAUCUGCUUGUUUCUUAAAUUAUCGAAAAAAUAUAUACUUAUAUUUAAAUUCCAUACUGCGAAAUAAUAAGUGUUUGACAUUAAUAAUAAAUCACCCUGUAUAAUAUACCUAAAUCUACAAUACAUCUACGCACUGUGUGCGAUCCAUAGUCCAAUCCGUCACACACAGAGGUCGGACAAUUUUCGAAAAUUUAAUUUUUUUUUCUUUUGUUGACGAUUUAUGGAUUACUUACCUCUCAAUGACACAGAUAAAAGAAACAGUUGUUAUUGGUUAAUUUGAUUGUCACUGACAAAGGAGUACCCUUUGACAAAAAAGAAAUGAAUUACCGCACAACGGUUAACUAUGACAGUGACGAUGCGCGGUGUUGGAAACGGAAAGCGACGUUUUUAUUUAGGCAUUUUUUUUUUCGUUCAAUACCGGGCUAAGCUCUGCGGGGAUACUAUAUAAUAUUUACCUGUACAAUUAUUCUAAAAUGUCCAUAAAAAUUUUCAAAAUUGAUAACAUGAAUGUGCCUUAAAGCGUUUAUACGUUAUUAUAUUAUUAGAAUAUCCGAUACCUUUUCCGAGGUUUUCCUAUAAUAAGUUGUGAAAAAUUCUGCUAUUUGCCGCAAUAUACAAUAAUAGUUUUACCCGAUAUUAUCUUCAAAGUACCUAUGCAAGGGUGCUGGCUAAUAUAAGUAUUAAUUGGGUAACAUUAUUUUAUAUUUCCGAGGUACAGCGAACAAAAUAUUUACCAGCAUAAUUAAAAUUUGAAUCGAUUAGAUGUUUGUAAUCGUGUCACGACGGUUAAUUUAAUUAUUUUCUCGUUAAUUAAUUGUGAAGCCUCCGUGUUUACGUGAGUACGCCCGUCGACCAAUAAUAAGCAUUAUUUAUUUCCCGGUCAAGGUACUUAUAUAUAUAUAUAUAUAUAUCUAAUACUUUAGAAUAAUCAAUAAAUAAUAUUGGUGUUUUUUUUUUCUUUGUUCUUUUAAAUCAAUCUAAUACUUUAAAUUUCAAGAAAACCGCAAAACCGGAAUAAUCACCACCGGGUAGAGCCUAGGGUGGACAUUUUUCGCGAAGGAUGGAACAUUUGUUCUUUUAAAAUUUGUUGUCGAUAAAAAUAAUAUUGAAAAAUGUACAAAAAAACAACUGUAUAUUAAAUUUAAAUGUCAUAAAGUUAGGUUAAUUUUUCAAAAAGGAGGUGAGGUAUGAUGAACAUUCUAGGGGAAAUAUUAAAAACGAAUAAUAAGCCUAUGACCGAUAGCCUAUUAAAUUAUUAUUUUUUUUUACGUGUACAUUCUUUAUAUUUAACUAGGUAUUUUUAAUUUAAAACUUAAAACAGUAACGGUUUUCUUAAUAUUCACGAUAUAUAGCUAUGGAGGUACGCACAUCGAUACACCAGACGAAUCAUCAUCACCUACACACAUUAUAGUCCCAAGGAGAAGACCGAAUCAACCGCCUACACAAGUUAGUAAAAUUUCUAUUUUAGUCUUUAUUAUUAUACAUACUUGUAGACGUAAUAUUACCUUAUCUGUGAGUCAGUAUAGAGUUCGGAUGUUCCAUAGCCAAUAUAUAGUUGCGUCGACUGUACGUGUUUCUUUUCUAUGCUGCUUAUGGAAUGAAAAGUACAAAAGAUUACUUUUUUAAGCAAUUUUCUUUAGAUUCUGAGCACAGCGAUGAAUGAUUAUUAUAUAUUGACGAAUAUUGGUUUUAAUAUGACGUGUGAUAUUUCAUUUUAGAUUCUGAGCAAACCAGAAAAUUUGAAGCAGAAGAUGGAUUUAAUAUGAUGUGUAUUUCUAGCCUUCUAGGGGUUUUCAAAAUAAUUGGGAAAAACCAGAAACAAUAUCGAAAAGUAAAACGGCAAAUAUAUACGGCGCGCAGCGAUGUUACUAUUUUCAUUGUUUUUAAUUCCUACGCACUGUUUCCUUCUAGAAAUAUUUCUAUCAAAAAAUGUCAAGAUCUUUUUUGUUGCAUUUUGGAUCUAAUAUAUUGAUUUUUCAUAACAAUGGAGGAAAAACGGAAAAAUACGUAAAUUGAAAACUUACAAAUUUACGGCGUUACGAUUUCAUUGGGACAAAACAAUUUGGCAUUUCCAAUACGUGUUAAAAUAUUUUGGCAAUUUUUGAGCCGACUAUAGACAUUCGAUAUUUUGAUCAUUUAAUCACGGCAUUUCAAAACAUGACGUAUAACUGAACUGAAGUUUCCGUCAACAGUAUCGACUUUUUUUUCAUUUGUCGAUAUGUUUACAAAUAGGUAUCACAAAUUAAAUAGCAUUAUAAUGCGUUCUAUGCCUGAAAAGCGUCCACUUAGAAUUACCUACAGUCGACAUGCACUCCUGGUACACGGACCCUCACAAUAUGUCAGCUACAGUUGGUUUUCGGACUCUUGUCUUCGCCCCUCGUCCGACUGUCAUGAAACCCCUCACCCACCGAAACACUCGCCACCGCCCCCACACACCGGACGCCAAUGCCGAACGGCGUGCGACUCCGUGACGUUUCUACAUGUACCCCUGGUAUCCAGUAUAGCUUUUUAGGUACGUUCUAAACGUUUGAAAAUACUCAGGCACGAAUUUAAAAAAAAAUGCAUAAUUUUAAACUAUAGUAAUAAUUAGGACAAAGGAUUUGUAACGUUUGCAUAUUUGUUAUGCACAUUAAUAAAAAUAGCAAAUUACAAAACAAAUACGUUUCAUGUUUUGGCAAAGCUAGUUUUGAAAUUUUAUUUUGCAUAUAAAUGCAUAUUUCUAGUUUUUUUUUAUUUUAGAGCAUAUUUCCAAUUUCUUCCAUUUUAUACUUUUAGAAGCAUAUUUAAAGUAAUUUAUUAUUCUAUUAAUAUUUUUCUCUCGACAUUUCAAUUUAAUUUUAUAUACAACUAAAAUAUUGUUGAAUUUAAAAUUGUUUACAUUUGUACAGUAUAUUAUUAUGGUUGUUUCAUAAUCAUAUAAUUUGAUUUCUCCUUGAAACUCAUCUCGAGGGUCCCCGAUAAGUUUUAUUUUAUUUUUAAACAGUUAACACAAACAAUUUAUUUUUUAGGAUCAAAAGAAAAAUUUUCAAGAAAUUAAAAUUUGUUAACAAUUUUGUUGAUAAAUAUAUUUUUAAAUAAAUUAUUUUAUAAAAACUAUAUAUAAGCAUAUUUUCAGUGCAUAGUAUAGGGUGUUUAAGUGCAUGAGGGCUUGAAUAUUUAGUGCUUUUUUUAAAGCUACAAAUCCUCUGUCCUAGUACUAAUAUACAUUUUUGAAUUUCGAAGGGUGUUUAACAUCCUAAAUCCCUCCUUUUCAUUCUUAGGACGUCUUUUACAAUAAUGUAUUGUAUUUUCUUUUAGUCCUGUUUUAAUCUUCGAAAAUUUGGUUCAAUCGUAAUGAUUCAUGAAUUGUACUUAUAACCGAUAGUUAAGCGUAAUGUCGUAGAUUAUUAUUAUAUGAUCGUUGUUUAAGUUUAAGGAUAUGAUAAAAUUCUAAAAAAAAAAUAGUUAUUUAUGAUAAAAAAUGUUUAAUUUAACUCAUACAGUAUACAUAUAAACCAAAAUAUUAUCCUAUCAGCUACUGUUGAAUGAUUUUUCGCUAUUCAAAUGCAUUUUAGAUUCUGAAUCGAGAGAGAGAAAUAUAUUUGUUUUUUUUCUGUGGACAACUUUUCUACCAGCAAUUUUACUCCGAUUUUUAAUUAUAGCACUUUUUUUGAAAUUUAAUCUGAUUGAGGUGCCCCUCUAGGAAGGUAAUUUUUUGAUUUUCCCAAGAGUUUUCCUAAUAAAUGAGAAAAAUAUAGGAAAAAAGGGAAAAUAGGAAGGUACAAUAUUAAAAUAAAUGUUAUAAAAAAAAAUAUAUAUAUAUAUAUAGUACAUGUAAUUAUUUUACCACAGUAUGACAUAUAUAUUAUUAAUAAAGCAACACUUUUAAUCGAACUCUUUUCGUUUCGAAUCAUUUUAUCGUUAGCGGUAAUGGUUAAUCAUUGCGUAUAGAUAUUUAUUAAAUUUUCCCUCUAACUGCUUAAUAUACCUUUUCAACUUCUCACCUACAAUAGUGAUCCACCCAUCGUGUGAAGUAUGUCCAUAUUUUUUUUUAUGUAUCACCUAGUUACAUUUCCUUUCUGAAAAAAGUUGCGCACAUAUAAAAAAAAAAAUGAACAUCUUUGUAAAAUUAUAAACUUUUUCGUGUUUUAUAUUGCUAAAUUAAAUUAGUAAAAUAUAACAAUAAGUUUCGUAAAUGUUUUGUAGAGUUACAACAUCCGAACCCUAAAUAUUGAUCUGGCAAAUCAAAGUUUAUUUAAAAUGAUUAUUACAAUAUUUUAAAAUAACAACCUGACGUUAUGUUAUAUAAUAAUAGCAGUUUACGGUCGUUAGCACGAACCACAAAAAUAUAUUUACAAAUCGUUUGGUUGUUGAUAGCAGAGUUGCCGAUGAAAAUGUAGCAUUACUAAAACAAAAAAAAACAAAAAAUGGUUAUUAACUAUUAUAUAAUAUCAACAUAACAGCAUAAGCGUAACCAGGGAGAUAUACAGACAAGUUUGGACAAUUUCAAAAGGAAAUUGGGGUGAUAAUAGGGUGUAAUUUAGUAACUAGGGAACUUUGGUAAUUAGUUCAUUUGGCAUGAACUAUGUGUACAAGUUAUAAAUUUACAUCAAAUGUAUUGUUAUACCAAGCAAAUUAUUAGCUUUUAAAUUAUUUUUCCGAAUUACGCCUUUGGUAGACGCAGUAAAAUUUUCAAAAUAUUCUAGCUAUUUUUAGGCUAAUAUAGGUAUUUGAUAUUUUCAUGUUUUGUAUGUAUUUUUAUUUAGUAAGAAUCUAUUAUUAAAAUUAUAUGACUUGGGAGAAAUGCUUGAAAACCUAACACAAGAUUAACAGGUUAUAUCAUAAGUUGUAUUUAGUGUCUAAAAAGAAAAAUUAGAUUUGAAUGCAUAAUUUUUUUUUUCAUAAGCGUUUUAAGAUCAAAUUUUGACGAAAAUCGUAAAAAUUACUGAAUUUCAAAAUAUAUCUUACCGAACUUCGCUCCAAAUCGUUUUUCAUUAUCGUUGCGUACAGAUAUAAAUUUAAUAACUUUAUGUAUUAUACCUUCCCAGCUUCCCACCUACAAAAGUGGCUGCACUCGUCCAUACUGGUAUCAGUUCUUUUUUUUUCUAUCUAUAACAUUGUGUUACAAAUCAACAAUUUUGUACAAAAUAUGCUUUGGGACAAAACCGAUGGGGUGAAAUCGAUAAAAUAUGUAGAUAUAAUAUUCUUUGUUAAAAUACAUUGGAAAUUCAACAAAGACUCAUUUUACUAUACCUAAUUGAAAUAAUUAAAUACAACAGUAAAUUAUAAUUGGUUUUGUAAAUUCCUUUGAAGUAUAUCUUAAUAUUACAUAAUAUUAUGUUAACCUUAACUAGUACCUGUCAUACUAUGCAUCUAUAUGCACUGGUUUAAAAUAGAUAUAUUUCUCCGGUAUCGGGGAAAAGUCGUAAAAAUAUUAAAAAUAGUUAGUUAGUGGCUUGUUAAAAAAAUAAAUAUGAACGAUAUUUACUGUAUUAUUAUUAUUAAACAUUGAAGGUAUUUCCUAAUUCAUUUAUCCAAAAACAUAAGGUAUAUUUUAAAGUCCUGAAUAAAUGUAAAGGUUUUAAUUUUCCGGUUUUUUUUGUCCCGUUUUGUUCCCCUAUUAGUAAAUAUAAUAUUGUGUAACAAAAUGUAUACUGUAAUAAUUCAAUAAUUUAUUUUGUAGUGAACAGACAGUGUAAAGUAAAUUUUACUUUACUGGGUGUCCUAUGUUAUAGACUCUAAUGUGCGUCCAUUUGGACCCAGAAAGCCUCCUUGAAAAAAUGUUCUUUAACAUAAUAUUGUUAAAAUAAAAUGUUCUCACGUUUUCAGGAACACGAAUCGCUGAAGCUACUGAAGUACGAGAAGAGCUCAAGCGUGACUGUGUACGCGCAGUGGUUUUGGGAUAGCAUAAGAAUGGGUAAACUUUUGCCUAUAGAAGUAUAUCAGUAAAAAUUCAAAUUUACAUAUCUACUACCACUGCAAUUUAUCUACCUAUAUUUAUACAUUAUUGUGAUGAUUUUUCGCUUUCUGAGUUAUUACUAUAAUAUAUCUCAUUGACUAUAAUACGAGUAUAUUAUACUCGUAACAAUACUUAUUCACUUGAUGAUUAUUCUUCAACUUUUUUAUUAGUAUGCGUAUUUAGGAUAUACCUAAUAGGUAUUAAGGUAUGUGUGUGUGUGUGUAGGAAAUUUUUAAGUUUUUGAAUCGUUCAUUAAAAUGAUUUUAAAAUAUUUUACAGCUAGAUUAUAUACGAUAUAAACGCAUAAUUUAUUUAAAUAAUUAUAAAUUAUAAUAUAUUAUAAUACUUGUUUGUUUAUAAUAAAAGUAGUGUCACU